AUGAGGGAGUACAAAGUCGUGGUUUUAGGGAGUGGGGGGGUGGGCAAGUCGGCUUUGACCGUGCAGUUUGUCACCGGGACGUUCAUUGAGAAGUACGACCCCACCAUCGAAGACUUCUACCGCAAGGAGAUUGAAGUGGACUGCUCCCCAUCAGUACUUGAAAUCUUGGAUACCGCAGGGACGGAACAGUUUGCUUCCAUGCGUGAUCUCUACAUUAAAAAUGGCCAAGGCUUCAUCCUAGUUUACAGUUUGGUGAACCAACAAUCUUUCCAGGUAAGAAAUACUGUUUCAUCUAUGCUUCCUGCCCCCUCCCCCAGGACUUUUUGUGCGUUUCCCCUCUCCCCAAAAAUCUCAAGCAACUGAAAAUAUAUUUCUCUGUUAGGAGUGCAACUAGACUUUAAGAAGCUGUUAUCCACAAUCAUAGUUUGGCAGCACUGUGGUUUUUUGUUGUUGUUGUUUAGUCGUGUCCGACUCUUCGUGACCCCCUGGACCAGAGCAUGCCAGGCACUCCUGUGUUCCACUGCCUCCCGCAGUUUGGUCAAACUCAUCCUGGUAGCUUCAAGAACACUAUCCAACCAUCUCGUCCUCUUUUCCUUGUGCCCUCCAUCUUUCCUAACAUCAGGGUCUUUUCCAGGAAGUCUUCUCUUCUCUUGAGGUGGCCACAGUAUUGGAGCCUCAGCUUCAGGAUCUGGCCUUCCAAUGAGCACUCAGGGCUGAUUUCCUUCAGAAUGGAUAGGUCUGAUCUUCUUGCAGUCCAUGGGAUUCUCAAGUGUCUCCUCCAGAACCAUAAUUCAAAAGCAUCCAUUCUUCGACGAUCAGCCUUCUUUAUGGUCCAGCUUUAUGGUCCAGACCAGUGUUGUACAACUUCCAUACAUCACUACUGGGAAAACCAUAGCUGUGGUUUUAGCUAAAAACACCAAACUGUGUUUUUAGCUGAACAUUAUUUACCAAAACAUACACAAAAGUUUUUGAAUAUCUAUUCAUAUAACUUGUUUUCUUAAAAAUCUGACCACACUUUGUUACAGAAGACAGUUGGGGUCAGAAGGAAUGACUGCAGAUACUGAUUGCUAAAAGCUAUUGACAUGUUGUGAGUUGUGUCAGGAUAUGUCAGAUGCUUUGUUGUUGAGUUUUUAAAGAGUGAAAAUAGUUUUUGUAUUGGUGGUGGCUUAGGUAACGUAGCAGUCUUCAAAUAUGCUCAGUUCACAACCAUAAAACAAUUUGCUCUUUGCCAGUUAGCUCUUAACUGCUUGAGUUCCCAAUAAUAUUUGGGGGGGGGGGAGAGAGUCUGAGCAUGCUAUUGAAACCUUCAUGUCUGAAGUCCAAGCAUGCAGAGCUGCAAUUGGGCAUUUUAAUAGUGAUUCCUGUAACCUGGAGUGGGAAGGAAUGCAUGGGAAGGAUUAGAAGCUGGCCCUCCCUAAGAGCUGUGCAAAGACUCCUUCCUGGCACCAGCUAACUUGCUGAGUUGGGUGGACUCCAGCUUCUUGGCAGACUCUAUUACACCCACGCAAAGAGUGGAGUAUAUCCGUGGUGGAUGCAUAGCUAGAAAAAUGUUUAUCUUGAUUCCAGGCUUCUUUCCUUGGUAUUUCUUUUCUAUUGCACUUGGCUGCCUCUCUUCUCUGCUCAUGAUAUCUUGCAUGUUCUAGCAGAAAGACAACUUAAUAACCCCUCAAGACCUCAAGCCUCUAUUGAAUCCUCAAGUGGGGCAGUGGGACCUGCUUGCACCGUGUGCGUGUGUCUUUUUUUAGCACUCCUAAUCAAAAGGAAGUAGGCGUGAGUCUUCCCAUGCAAUUGCAUUAAUAAUUGUAGCUUUCAAUACUUAAUUAUUUCUGUACCUUAGAAGUGUGCAAGAUCCCAUAGAUCCCGAGUGACUUAUUUAUAGUCACACUCUCCCCAUGCUCCAGUGGAGGCUUGCAAAACAACUUGUGGACACCCUCCCCAUAUGGGUUGCCAGGUGUCGUGACAGACCCCUUGUUCUUACAGACCCAGAGACUUGGAAGGCUUGUCAAGCCUCUGACAUGCCGCCAUCUGCCUAUCUGUCUUUUUUGUUCUCAUGUGUCUCUUGUACCUGUGUUGUACAGUUUUUGACAAGGACCUUUCUUCAUACAAAAAUAUAUACAAAUGGGUUUUUUAAAAGCAAAAUAACAUACUUGAAGGCAUAGCACAAAUCCCUUCCCUGAACCUGCCAUUCCCACAGGGAUAUUUCUGCCCCCUAAAUGAAAACUGUCACUUCAUGCCCUCUCAGUGGAGCCAGAUCUGCUUUCUGGCAUGUAGGCUAAAUCGCUUAACAUUUGGUCACAGUUGCACUGGUUUGCUGUCUGAGCACUGCUGCAGCCAUGAGGGUUUCAAUGGCUUUCUUUUCUUCUUCAGGACAUCAAGCCAAUGAGGGACCAAAUUGUCCGUGUAAAGAGAUACGAGAAGGUUCCUCUCAUCCUGGUGGGGAAUAAAGUGGAUCUGGAGUCGGAAAGGGAGGUUUUGUCGGCGGAAGGUCGCGCUCUGGCCCAGGAGUGGGGCUGCCCAUUCAUGGAGACAUCUGCCAAGAGCAAGACCAUGGUGGAUGAACUCUUUGCAGAGAUCGUGAGGCAAAUGAACUAUGCAUCCCUGCCUGAAAAGCAAGACCAGUGUUGUACAACUUGUAUUGUCCAGUGAAAAAGAGAAAGCAGAACCUCAAUCAUGGCCAUACCAAGCAGGUUGGUGGAAUCUCCAUGGAUAGCAGAAUACCACUCAAGGGUAGGAGGGAGCUGUUAGGCUCAAGGUGGACUACAGUGUCUUCUAUUAUUAUUAUUAUUAUUAUUAUUAUUAUUAUUAAACAAACUGGGCAGUAGCAUUGUUUUUGCAGCAACCCUGUGACUGAGAAGUGAGGAGUGGCAGCGCAUUUGACAGUGUAGGGAGCUUGACCUAUGCUGUCCAGUCAAAUUUGUUCCUGGGCCAGGAUUCAGACUUGUGCUUCCCAAGGAAGCACUUGACUCCACUGGAUCUCUCAGAAACGCACUUUGUUCAGUUUCUUGCCAGCCUACAUUGCCAUGGCAGGUGGCUUCUGCUGGACAUCUGACCAAUGUCUUGUGGUUUGCUGUCGCCCUGAAUUUUUUGCUCUGGCAAUGAGUUUGACUAGCUUUCCUUUGGAGAUCCCUGCUAUUGUUCUCAGUUGCCUUACAUUGCAUCAGACUGUUGGUUCACCUAGCCCAGCGUGGCCUAUAGCAAUUGCUGAUGGCUCCCCAUAGUCUUGCACAGAGACUGGCCUUUCAAAAGCCUUUUAGCCAGAGUAGCAAAGGGUUGGAGCUGCUGCCCUCUGUUUGCAGUGCUUGCAUUCUGCCCCUCUCAAGUUUGCCCAGAAAAUAAUUGUUAACUUGCCCCAGUUGAAUGAGGAUCAUGUGAAUGCACAGCAGCACCUCAGUUAACUUGCCUUGAAGCGUACACCUGCCUUUCGGUGGAGAGCCACUGGUUAGGCCCUAAAGUGCUUGCAUUGGGUACCAGCAGAGUGGACCUCUUUACCUUAUGUGAUCAUACAGGCUAUUCAAAAGUGUUAUGGAGUUUCAACAGUAGUUGGUGAGGUGGGAAAUAAGUGGCAAAACCACAUUAUUUGCAACAGUGCCUAGUAACUAGAUUAACAAGGUGCACAGGCUACUGAUAGUUCAUAGUUAGUCCUGAUAGUUUUUUGGAACCUCAUGAGCGCACCAGCAGGAUGCAGACUAGCGCAGAAAAUGAGGUGGAGAUGCAAGUUGAUGGCAGCCAUCGGGCUGCCUCAUUUAGCCCAGUGUGUAAGGAGGGAGGCUGGCCUGAGGUACUUGCCUCAGCAUCUGUUUCCUGGUUUUCCAUCUUUUCUGGUACCUUCCAGAUUUUGCUGGACUGCAGCUGCCAUCAUUCCUGACCAUUGGCCAGGCUGCCUUGGGCUGAUGGGAGCUGGAGUCCAGCGAAGCACCCAGCCUAGUCCAAGGAGAACCACUCCAGAGGCAGCAAGUCUUCUCUUGAGACUUUCCUCCUGCUGCCUGGCUUUGGGUAUAAAGAUGGCUGUCUAAAAGGAAUGUGGAUAUGGGCCUUCUGAGGUUGAUCAGACCCCAGAGUCCUUAGAAUCAUAGAAUCAUAGAGUUGGAAGAGACCACAAGGGCCAUCGAGUCCAACCCCCUGCCUUGCGCAAGCUGCUCUAAGCAUAUUCCCUGUCAUGCAAAUCACUUUAAUAAUAGAAGCAUCUGAAGAAGCGGAAGAGUGCCACUGCUGAUUCCUACUGUGCUUCUGCAUGAUUUGAAGCUGCCUCUUGGCUCAAAAGAGGCAAGAGGUUACGAAAACAGUCUGAUGUGUCAGCUGUCAUUUAAAUAUUCCAGGGUGGUUGCUGACUGUGUUCUGCAGUUUAAAAGUUUGUGUUGAAACUCACAUCAGUUGCUGCAAAUGGAAUAACACCGGUGACAUUGUGCAGCCUCUCCUUUGCCCUGGUCUGAAACUUCCACUCUUAAAAGGGGGGGGGGGGCUUCCAGUGAAAUACCAGUGGUCUCUCUUCUGUUAUGUCAGGCUGUUUGGGGCUGGGGGGUAGACUGCCUUCCUUGCUGAGGGAUGCCAUUUGCAAAUUCUACUUUGCCAGGUGUAACACUGUCUGAAAAGCAUCACUGCCUGCUUUCUCUGUGCCACUCACAGUAUUGCAGAAUCCUGGCCUUGAUGAUGAAAUUGGCUUACAUGUCAGGGGAAAAUUUGUGCAUUCAAAUGAAGCAUGAGAAAAGGGAAUGUAAAGGAGCCUUGUGUGCUUGAUAGGGUGGGGGAGCUACAGAGGACAAGGCGAAAGGGCCUGACUGAAUCUCAACUACCUUGGGGGCAAGGUAUGCCCAGAAACAGUGGGCGUGGGCUGUUGCACCAAAGUAGUGGAGUCUGUUUAAUACAAGGAUAGGCUGGCCCCUGGCCCAAUCACUGAUCUGUAUCCUGAAAGAGCCGAGCCUGCCUUUGAUUUGCUCUUUGUCUUAACUGCAGAUAAAAACUCAGAGGAAUUUGCACAGAUGCUGCUUUGGAGAAACCCUUUCAGCCCAGGCUGCAGAACUGAGCCUUGCUAAAUGCUGUCUCUCUCUUUAGAGCACAUUUCCAGGCGUGGGUGCAAAAAGGUCAGCGGCGGCCAUGGACAUCCGUAGGCCUGCGACAAACGCUUAGCAUGUUUACCACACAUUCUGAAAUCUGUUCUUUAUCUCUCAGUCCUUCUCGUUCUUUUUAAAAUAGCUUUCUAAAUUCCUAUUAAUGGCUAAUAUGCAAAAGUUCAUUUUAAAAAUAUGUUUUGAUUUCUUUAAUUGAUUUCCAGAACUUGUAUUUAUUAAAUUUUAAACUCAGUAUUACCUACUCAAUGCCUUUUUAAGUGAAAGUUUUAAAGGAGAAUAAAAGUGAGCCUUAAACAAGUGGUUACUUCUGUAUAUUACCUCACAUCCGUGCUUGAUUUGCAAAAAGAAAGUUUUCUUCUCCUCCAAAAUGUCACUGGUUGAAACUUCAAAAUGUUCUGUUUACAUGUGAUGGUGUCAUAGAUAUGAGUCAUAUUGUACGGAUGUUUUUAACAUCACAUUUCGCUAGCAGCUGUGGUGGCUGGUCAUUGGUCUUACAUGAAGAUAGGAAGUUAUUGGACUGGGUCCGGAGCUGACCAGCACUUUGUAUGUGUUUUCCUUCUUAUCACAUGGUAUUCAGAGUUUGUUUGUUUUUCCCCUUUUAAACUGAUGCAGCACUCAUGUUAAAUCACCAGGACAUUUUUCAAUUUCUGAUAUUGUAUUUCUCGGCAAAGAAUAAUGAGUUGCCCACGGGGCUUUUGUUCAAAAGCAAACUUGGGUUUGCCUGACAGGAUUAAGAUGACAUCAAAUGCAAAAACAAAAAAACAUUUUCUAGUUCUUAAAAUACUGUUUCUCUCCUAAUAAUGUUUUGAAGCAAUAUCUGUUUGCUUAUUUCCUGCCCACUCCCCUGGUUUCCAGUACUCUGAGCUGGCACAGCGGGCAAGAGUGUUGAGCAUCAACUCCAUGCACGAUUGCAUUACACAGCCAUUGCCUUCUGCAGAGUUUACCUGAUUUAAACUAUUUUGUCUGGAUACUUGAAAACUUAGAACAGCAACACAGGUAUUAAGCAGAAUGAAAAGUAUAUAAAUAGUUGAAGUGUUGAGGUAGGAGUUUUUUCCAGCAGUGAUUUGAGAAACCGCCUUUUCCUCCCCACAGUCUGAAUAACUGUGGCUCAUUUACCUGUAUCAAACUGUAGGUUUAAGAGCCUAGCUUAAUUAAUUUGAACAUGCUUGAUAAAUACUGGCUUGUCCUAUAAAAGCCAAUAACCUGUUGACAAUGAAUUCUUGCAAUUAAGUACUAGCCUGAGAUAUGAGGCAACUAUAACUUCAAAAAGAGGCACCAGCAUUCUGCAUGUUUAGUCUCAUUUGAACCCUAUUGAGAAAAAAUCAGUUUUAAGUUUAAAGCUUCAGGUUACCAAAUUUGCAAUGGGGUUACUAGAAAUUAAUGUUAGGUUUGCACUUUAAUGGAAGACUUCAAAACUGAAGGCUGUUCUCAAAGUAUAUUUAUAUGGUAACAUGUUAGUAGUGCCAAGGGAACAGAGGAUCCAAAUAAUCUAAUUUCCUAAGAGGGCAGAAACCUUGCAUUGCCACCAAACCCUUUCCCUUUUGUUUCUUAAUUGAUCAUUUGUUAAAAUGUGAUUUAAAAUUCUUAACUGACAUCAGCAGUUGGUAUAUUACCAGGAAUGGCUAAACUUAUGCCCAGUGUCAGUUUCCUCACUGCAAAUUGGAAUAAGGGACCAAAUGUUUAGCUGAGGCUUCCUCUUGGGUUGCAGUGAGGAGUAGCUUUGUGGAAGUAGCUGAUAACGCAAGGUGCAUAUUUGCAGGACCCCCAGGCCUGCCUCCUGGGUCUCUUUGUUAAUUGAAAAAGUUGUCUCUUAAGCCCCCUUUUAGCUUCAUCAGGGCUUGUUGAGGGCAAAGCUUCUGGUGGGCUGCUUCCUUUGACCCUCCAGCAUCUCUCUUGGGUGUUCAAAUCACUGCAGUGGGACUCUCCAAACAAAGGCCAUUUUCAGAGGUCUCCCAAACCACCCUGGGAUAUCUGUCCCCUAGACUGAAAAGUGGCAGCAGAACACAAGAUAAUUCUGAAAGAAUUAUUGUCUCCCUUAGCCACCUUUUCUGUUGUUUGCAUGGUGGGUGUUGAGGCCCUGCUCCUCUCCCCCCAGAGCAACUGGCCAGGGUCCGUGAAUGCAGCUGUUUUUUGGGAGAGAAAUACCCCCCUGGGUACAAUUGUGACCUUUUGCAUGGACACAGCUGAGAGCCGUGAUAUGUGUGAAAAGUACCUAAAAGGAAACCUGAACUUAACCAGUGUGCUGUACCUUUUAUUGGUGAAAAAGUAAAACCUGGAAAAAUUAGUGAAUGCAAAACUUAGAACUAUGAUCUAAUGCAUUGUAAACUAAAAACCACCUAUUACCCCCCCCCCGGAUUUCAUUCAUUCAUUAUUUUGUAAGACGACCCUACAGUCCACCUGUUUGUAACUUUUUUAAAUAAAAUAGAUACCUGUAUUAAUUACCAAAACUGCAUCACUGUUGUUUGUCUUGGUAAUAUCUAUGCUAGGGGAAGUGGCUGGGUUUCUAGAAUGAGGUAGUUGGUGUGUACCAUAUAAUUGCAGCUGUGAGCCAGAGUGCAAAAUUAAGUUUCCUAAGAAUCUGUGAUUCGUGUGUGUGUGUGUGUGUGUACACACACACCAUAUUCUAAAGCAGAUGUGAAGAACCCCUGGCCCUUCAGCCCCAGCAAGCAUGGCCAGUUCAGCAGGAGAAGGGCCAAAUAUUCCCCAUGCCUGUUCCAAAGUGUCUGCCGGAAUACUGGAAAUGGGCAAAUGUCUUUUUUUCCCCAACAAGGUGAGGGAAAUACAGUGGUGCCUCGCAAGACGAAAUUAAUUCGUUCCACGAGUUUUUUCGUCUAGCGAAUUUUUCGUCUUGCAAAGCACGAAAUCCCAUAGGAAUGCAUUGAAAUUCAAUUAAUGCGUUCCUAUGGUCAAAAAAAGUCCAAACAAAGCCAAAUUUGGUACAACAAGAGUUUAUUAAGUGCUCUUUAAAGUCACACAUACAGUGGUGCCCCGCAAGACGAAUGCCUCGCAAGACGGAAAACCCGCUAGACGAAAGGGUUUUCCAUUUUGGAGGUGCUUCGCAAAACGAAUUUCCUAUGGGCUUGCUUUGCAAGACAAAAAUGUCUUGCGAGUUCCUUUCCCCCCUUUUUUUCCCUCCCCCCCCUUUUCCCAAGCCGCUAAGCCGCUUAUCAGCUGAUCCGCUAAGCCGCUUAACAGCUGAUCCGCUAAGCCGCUUAACAGCUGAUCCGCUAAGCCGCUUAUCAGCUGAUCUGCUAAGUCGCUUAUCAGCUGAUCCGCUAAGCCGCUAAUAGCCCUAAUCCGCUAAGCCGCUAAUGGGCUUGCUUCGCAAGACGAAAAAACCGCAAGACGAAGAGACUCGCGGAACGGAUUUUUUCGUCUUGCGAGGCACCACUGUACUGUAAAGAGCAUUUCAAAAAUUGAAGGAACAAUAAAUUAAGUUUCUAAACAUGACAGAAAAACAUUUAAAAAUCAACAAAGUGUACAGUACAUUUUCUAAGACUCUGGGGGACAACUCGAAGAAGGUUCCUCUUCCACUCUUUGCUUCUUGCUGAAGAACCCCCUCCUCAACUGUUCCCCCAGCCACCCACCACACAGAAAUUCAAAUCCAGAAAUUUUUUUAAAAAACAGAGUGGCCCAAUGGUCACAGAAAAUCAUAAAAAUGCAGAAAAAAAACCACACAAGCUUCCAGAUUCUUGCAAACCCCUCCUCAACUGUUCCCCCAGCCACCCACCACACAGAAAUUCAAAUCCAGAUUUAAAAAAAAAAAAACAGCAGAGUGGCCCAAUGGUCACAGAAAAUCAUAAAAAUGCAGAAAAAAACACACAAGCUUCCAGAUUCUUGCAAACCCCUCCCCAACACCAAGUCCUUGAAUUCCAAACACCCCAACCCAAAAUCCAAAACCCCCCAAAAAAGUUUUAAAAGUUUAACUACCACACCGCGUUCUAUGAGUUGCUCCUCGAAGUCAAGUCGCAACUGUAUUAACGGUGUUAAGAAAAGGAAACAAACUUGCAAGACGUUUUCGUUUUUCGUCUUGCGAAGCAAGCCCAUAGGGAAAUUCGUCUUGCGAAGCAGCUCAAAAAACGGAAAACCCUUUCGUCUAGCGAGUUUUCCGUCUUGCGAGGCACCACUGUAGAGAGAAUUGAGGAGGCAGAUGUGAGAAACCACAACCUGGUCUGCUUGAUGUCAGCGGUUAGGUGUAAAAAAACUCAGGCUUUGCAAAGCUGGGGGCACUGGGUCAAGUUCAUCACCUUGGUUGAAUUAAUUAAACUAUAGAUUUAAUUGGAUUUUGAAUAAAUGUGCAAUUAAUUGUUAAUGCUUUGAAUUUUAUUGUUAACUUCCCUAGUGGGUCCUGCAAACUGCCAUUUGGAUAAUGGUUUUGACAGAUAGGAUAGGGGGCACUGGGAAUUUAAUGGAAUCAAGGGGGUGGCAACCGCAAAAGGUUUGUGAACCACUGAUUUAGAGUAAGUCAUACUAGACCAGCAUUUAUCCUUUCUUCUUUAUUAGAGUUUGUAGUGUGGUAGAUAAUAGAUUUCUAUAUCUUGACUUCAGCAAAGCAUUUGAUAAGGCCUAUGAUGCUCUUGUUGAAAAGUUGGUGAAAUGAAAAUAGGUACCUAGAAAGAUGAAACAAACAUCAUUCUCUUAUCUAUCUAUUUAUCAUUUAUCUACUGGGUGAUAGAAUUGGUAAGGAUUAACUGGUUGAAGAACUGCACUGAACAAGUGCUCUUCCAUGACGUCUCUGUGUCAGCCUGGAGAGAAAUGUGUUGUUUGACUUGGAUGAAGGUAUAGAGGGAUUGUGGAUUAAAUGUGGAGAUGGGUAAUAUCAUGGAACACAGCACCACAAUUCAAGAUGAUCCUGGACAUUAGCCCAGAUGGUGUGGCAACCAAGUUCUAUGAGGAAAGAACUAAUGGAAAGAACUCUUAAGGGGAAGUUAAAGGGAGACAUGAUAGCUGUCUUCAAAUACCUGAAGGGGUUUUCUGCUGGAGUAGGGGUGUCCUCUCUUCCCCCAGAAGGCUGGAAGGGAACCAAGAGGUGGGAACUUUGGCAGGGGUGUGUGUGGAAUUAGCUGGAAGCUUCCUAAUGUUAAGAAGUGUUCAGUGGUGGAACAGACUGUCUCAGAGGUAAUGGGCUCUCCUUCACAUUUAUGCACAGGAUGAACAGCCUUCUGUCAGGUUGCUGUGGUUGCACUCUGCCUUCAGAAGGGGCUGAACUAGACGAUCUUCAAGAAGAUUAGGUCAGGGGUCAACAAGCUUUACCUCACCUGGGCCGGUUCACUCCAGUGGAGGUUCUUCUGUGGGCCAGAUUGCAUGCGCGAUUUCUGGCGUCAGCACCUGCGCAGACAUGAUCUCCGGCGCCACGGAAGCGAGCCCCCGUGCUGUGCUGUGUCGGUUUAGCGCAGCGCACGGAGACUUGCCAAGCAGGCGGCUCGGUACCAGGGCGGCUCAUGGGCCAGUUAAACGACCCCCUGGGCCUCUUGUGGCCCAUGGGCCUUAGGUGGCCAACCCCUGGAUUGGAUGGUUUUUUGUCGUUUCGUUCUGGGUUGGAUUCAGCAAUGAGUCUUUAAUGGGCUGUUUCUGGUUCAGACUAAUAACAGUGCAAAACCAAGUUUGCCACAUCUGAACCAUUUCACUAGCAGGUUGCAUUAAAAAAUGUAUAGUGCUUAUAGGCAUAUGUAGUUAAUAAAACUGAGAGAUUGCAUCUUAAUCCAAAUAUUAAAUUAUUUAAAAUGUUGCUCAAAACCUUAGAACAGUUAAUAGAGGAUAAUAAAGACUCAAGGAUGAAAUAGCAAGCUAAUCUUGUAUUACUAUAAAAGGUGUAGUGGUGAAGUAUAUUGAUUAUAUUUUUUAGAAAAUAUUCAUUUUCUUAAUUUCAAAUAGAGGCUUGGGGUGUGCUCAACCACAGGAAUGCUCAACACUGGUUAAGGUUUCAUUUCCUUUAUGUUCUAUUCUGACAUACUGCUUUUAAAAAGGCUGCUAGCACUCGUUUUUGGGCAAAAAGCUUAGCAACAUAGUACUUUUCUUUUACAGGACAAAUACCUCUGAAACCCUUCCAUGAAGUAGGAACUAGAACCAACUCUUCUGACAAAUGCAGGGUGGCGUUUUUAAAAAGUAUCUCUGAGCAAUGGGCAUUAAACAAUAAAUUAAGCCAGGAAUGUAGGCAGGCCAAGAGAGGAACACAAAGACUAUUUUUCAGAGCUUUGAUUUCAGUCUAUUUCUUAUGUAAACCUAAAGGAUACAUCCCAUCUAAUGACCGACCUUUUGGAAUGGACUUCAGCUCACUCUCCUGAAGUGUCAUGAACUUGUGGCUCUUUACUCUUGAUGUUGAGCCGAGCAUGUGUUGAACCCAAGGUGAACUGUUCCGGAAGCUCUGCAGUCACCAUCUUGCUAGUCAAGAUAACCCCACAAUUAAUUUGUACUGGUUAUAACAAUGAGCUCAUAUAUGCUUAUAUUUCCUUGCUUUGAUAUAAGCUAAUGGGCUUGCUUUGAUGUUCUCCUUAUCUGUGGGCUUGGAGUGCUGGGCUCUGAGCCCAGAAAGGGGAGCUGAUGGUAAGACUUGGGUAUUUGCCACCUAUGCCCUAAUCAGGUGCGGAAAAGCCACCUGCUAACUGUGGUGUCUAUCCUAUGUCUGUAAAGGCUAGUGCUGUGAGUCUGCACCUUUGUUUUAAUAAAGCAUUAGAAUGCAACACUGGCUUUUCUGACAUCCUUCUUUGGUAUCCCUGCAUCCAACCACUCCCAUGCACUGGCAGAGGAAGAGGAGUGGGGGGGAGUAUACUGCCCCCGGCAGCACGAUCCUGGUGGGGUACCAUUGCAGCUGCCCCCCCCGCCCGCGCUGGGUGCCACGCCCCUGCAGGCGACAUGCCAGGCCCCCAGGACACACGCCAGCCCCGCCCCACCUGCUCUCCGCCCCCCGGUGCCAGAGCAUGAAGCUCUGCCACUGCUCCCAUGAGCUCUCCUUUGGGCUUGAGGUUCAGGGCAGAGCUACUAACCUUGCUUUGUGUGUCUUACAGUGUUAUGGGGUUUCUUUUUUACCAUUUUAAUUUUUUUUCGUGUUUGGCCGCAUCCUUCCUUGUUACGAUUUUAAAAAAUCCAGUCGCAAAUGUAGUUAUGCAAAAAGGUAUCUCUGAACACAGCCAGAGUGCCUUUCCUUUGCCUGUUUUUAAAGCACACAAGCCAAGGUGUGAGUGGCAAAAUUGCACAUCUUCUGCAGCAAAGGGAACUGUUUCCGCUCAGACAUGAGCUCAACCACUUCCUCCUCUACAGAUCCAGCUCAAGGCAUGGUCCGUGCCUGCCACAAGGCCAAGGACAGGGAGGUGGCAGAACGCUCCACAGAAACAGUGCCAGAAGUUGCGCAAGAUCAGAGCAAAUUACAGCAAAGAGGAAAUUAUAUAUUUUUAAUUGCUUUUUUUAAAAACAUGUUUGUCUUGCUCUUCCGCCGUGGGAAAGUGGGCCCUCAUGCAAAGUAGAAGGACACAUUAUCGUUAACUCCGGUUGAGAGAGUGUGGCUGCUUCAAGGUCUCGCCCAGUGUGCAUCAUGGUUGGGUGAGGACUGCUCACUGUGAAAUCCAGUCUGUCAUCUGCGUCACACAAUGGGCUCUCAGCAUGACUAAGCACAAAGGGCCACACCCAAUGGGAAACAACACCAGUGAACUUCUCUCAAAUGCAAGCAUCCAACAACUGCUUUUCUUAACUUGCCCUCAGCUGCAUGUGAUAUUUGGUAGGGUGGCAUAAUGUAAAGUGCAUGAUGUGGUACAAAAUACCAGGUCAGGCCCUUGGUCUGACCAGCUCAGUGUUGUCAGCACUGACUGGCAGCAUCUCUCCAGGGUUUCAGGCAGGAGUCUCUCCAAGCCCCAUGGGAGAUGUCAGGGAUCAAACCUGUGACUACAGCAUGCAGAGCAAAUGUUUUGCCGCUGAGCUACAGGCCGUUGCCACCAAGAGGUGGGACAUGGAAGCAUAUGCAUCCCUUUCAGUAGGACCAUCAAGAGUGUUCAGCUGGGGCUGUGUCCCACGCCACACAUUUAAAACACAUGGCUUCCCCAAAGAAUCUUGUGAACUGGUUUUUAAGGGUUGCCGGGAACUGUAGCACUGUGAGGGUUAAACUCAAAUCCCCACUCAGUUAUGUUGUUCCCUGGGUGACUGGUCACUUUCUCAGUCUUACUUAGCUCACCUCCCGUUCACCUAUCUUCCUCCCUCUGCCUUCUCCAUUUUGCGUCCCGGGGCUGAAUUUUGUAAGCCCAAUGGAGGCAGAGACCUGUCCUCUUGUAUUUUGUUCAAGGCUCAUGUUAAUUGGCUGGUGGUGCUAGACUCUCUUCUGAGAGCUGCUUUAUUUCAACAUAAAACUUAAGAGCACUGAAUGCUUUAAGGAGAGCCACUUGUUCCCUUCUGAGUGUGAGUUAGUCCACUGCUAAUUCGGAGGAGCUUCAUUUAGAAGCCAGCAUCUGCAGGAGGACUGGGAUUUAAAGGGAGUGCAAGAGUGCAAGCCCAGAGGAGUGCAAGGCUGCCUCCAACGCAUACACAACACGAAACUGAAAAUCUGACAGCUUGGUAAAAAUAACCAGAAGAUGGUGCUCUUUUAAAGCAAAUAAAUGUCUCUUCCACUGACCAAAGGCACAGUCGCCUUGCAAAGCAACCUGUUCCAGAAAAAAAUAAUUAAAAUAUUCCACCUUCAGGAACUUAGAAAGCUGUCUUCUGUUAGGAAAGACCCCUCUAGCUCUGCAUUGUUUACACACGGACUGGCAGCAGUUAUUCCUUGGAUGUUAUGGGCAAAACACCCUCAUUUCAAGGAACAGGGUCACACAUUUCCCCAUCCAACUGUCUUUGUAAAGCCAGCCCCAUAAAUGCUGCCUGAUAAAAAUUGUUAAGAUGUAAGUGCACAACAGAGAGAAAUCUGGCACACAUGUGGUCCAAGGUUACUUUUUAAAACCUUGUGCCUUGUGUCUUUUGCCCUUGCCUGUAUGCAUCCAGUCUCUGAUGGUUCCUUCUAUGAGUUCUUUGAAGGGAAAAGCUGCAAAUAUUCAAUUUCUCCAGCAAAGAAAAGUUAAAUUUGGUGUGAUUGAGGAUGGCAGGCUCAUCAGAAGGAUGAAGAUAACAUUUCUUGUGUUGUUGAGACAAGACUGCAACCACUCAGGCUGUUAAACAUUCAUCAGUGUGGGGCAGAUCUGUUCAGACAACCACCUGGUUUAGAAGUCAUGUAGGGAUUUUGCUUCAUAAGGGGGAAAGCAGGAAGAGAAAAGCAAAAGACUUCAACAUGCCUCCACUUACACAAAGUACUCCUCUCUUGUAAAUAACCAGUACCUGUAAGCCCAUGGAUAACUGCAGUCCUUUCCCACGUUGCUAUAUGCUGGGUCAUCAACUAGAUUCUGAUGGAAGAAUGGGUCACUGCAGGCCCACCUGGCAUGACCAAGAGUUAUGGGUGAUUGGAGUUGAAGUCCACUUAUAUCUGGAGAUCCACUGGUUCCCCAUCUCUAAUCUUUUAAAAAAAUCUCUAGUUCUCAUGGUAAAAAACAAAAAUAAAACAAGUUCAUAUAGGUCCAAGCUGCAGGUGCUGAACUCUCUGAAAUUCUGAGUCUGGCAAGUGGCUGCUCCUCGUGCUUCAGUUGUUUAUGGAGCAAUGAGGACUGGUUCAAACCCAGAGCAUCUCUAGAGAAAUGCAGUUUCUUACUUCUUAGCAUAAUACUAGUCUCUUAGCAUUUCAGAAACUCAGGAAAGCUGCAAACAAAAGAAACCCUUUUAGCUGCCUGGCGAUUGUGAUGGUGGCGUUGGUGUCUACCUUCAGCACCUUCCCUUUCCUGCUUAUGCUCCAGUUGCCAGCACUUGCCCUCCUGCAGAGACUGAAAUCCUGUAUGAAUCAGAACAGGAGCAAGCCCAGCCCCCCCCCCCCGCCGCUGCCGCUUGCAUCCCAGAGUGUCAAGAUCUUGCCAACUGCUCAGCUGCCUGCUCAAGGAUGCUGCACCUGAAGGUCCAAUUUUUGGAUGACUCCCAGAAGAUCUUUGUCGUUGAUGUAAGUGGAUUUUCUCACUGUUAUUAGUUUGUUAUUGAGACUCUUGGAAUGUCUCUGAGCUUCCUAGCUGCUGCCUCAUUUUGGCAUUUAAAAAAAAAGUGAAAUCACAGUUAGGUGGCAAAGGUGAACAUGUAACGAGGGGUAGCUAACGCUCUUGGGGGGUUGUAGUGUUUAUUGAACAAUAUGGAAAAUUUAAUAUUUUUUGCAAUAAUUCCCUGUUUUUAUGUGAUACGGAAAGCUUGAGUUUGAUGACUGAACACCAACAAUAGUGUGCACCAGAAAAUCUUUUUAACGGAAAACGUAAACAUGUGUCUGUGUGGGUCAGUUCAAGAGGCUGCCAGGGGGAGAGGUUGUUGGUAAUUUGUUUUCCCUUUAAAAAAACACCUCUUUAUUAUAGAGAAAUUGAAAAAUAAAAUAUUUUUGGAAGAAAGCUAUAUCACUUGCUCAGUAACAUUGAAACUUCUAAGGAAGACUGCAUGGAAUUCUUUGAAUUCAUUUAAUAUAUAUUAUUGCAAAAUCAAUAAAAUUAUUUGAAAGAAAGGAAUAAUUAGAAGCAACAAUUAAAAUAAUGUUAUUUAACAAUAUUAAAAUGAUAGGCUUGCCAAAAAUCAGUAUUCAAAUAUUGAAUCUAAAGUGUAAUCACCAUACAGAAAAUUAAUUCUGUGUUAAUGUGUUGUUCUUAAGCUGCGCCUUUUAGUGUGCAAAGUAUUGGGUUGCUGUUCUUCCUUGUUUUCAGGAUUCUAAUGUCUUAUCUUAAACUUGUUGUCUCUGUUACCCAGUAUCUUAAUCAAAGGAAGGCACUUCAAAAAGCUCUUAUUUAAAAGCAGCUUUAUAUUGUCAGGUAAAAGGUCAAGUUAAAAUGUAUCCCUUUCAAAACCCAAUUACCUCCAUAGGUUGGUUAUAUUGUUCUGUUUCUGAUUAAAUUUAGACAUCUUGCAACAUGCUUCUCUGCCUGCCUUUUUCCCAAGCCAAUGAAAGACUGGGAUAUAAAGCCUCAGUUGGUAGAAUAUGAAACUCUUAAUCUCAGGGUUGUGGGUUUGAGCCCCGUGUUGGGAAAAAUAUUCCUGCAUGUCAGGGAGUUUGACUAGAUGACUCUCAGGGUCCCUUCUAACUCUGCAAUUCUGUGAGUCUAUGUUCUGCCAUGAUCUCUCAUCUGGGUGAGGUUUUAUUUGUAAGGAGAGGUAGGUGCAAGAUAAUAUCCAGAUCAAUAGUAUGGAACACAGGAACAAGGAAACUGCCAUCGGUCCAUCCAGCUCAGUGUUGUCUACACUGACUGGCAGCCACUCUCCAGAAUUUCAGAUGGGGUUCCUCCCAGUCCCACCUGGGAUUGAACCUGGGACCUUCUGCAUUCAAGGCACAUGAUCCUCCCCUGUGGCUUCACUUCUGGCAAGUUCAUGGGAUGCAGGGGUCAGAAAAAUAUUUGGGUUUAUUUUCUUUCUCCUUCAGCUAUUGAGCAAUAUUUUUUAAUAUAUAUAAAUAUUUUUAUUCAUUUUACAAUACGAAAUUAUAAAAACACAUAACAAAAUUUUUCACAAAUACAUUCUUUUGGACUUCCCUCAGCUCUCCUGCGAAUCCUCCGUUUUAAUUCUUGCUUACACAUUUCCUAAUUUAAUAUUGCCUUUUAGAAAACCUUCCCCCUCCCUACUCCCUUUUUUUACAAUAUUUCUAAUAUUCUCCUUCACAGAACUUCUUGCAAACCGGCAAACGUUGUUUGUUCAUCGCAUAUACUUUUCAAAUAAUCUACAAAUUUACUCCAGUCCUCGGUGAACCUAUGGUCCCGUAGAUUCCAGAUCUAUUGAGCAAUAUUUAUAUGCUGCUUAUAUACCACUUUACAUAAAACAAUAUAAAGUGUUCAUUAAAUAUACUGAUAAAAAUGCAUUGUUGCUGUCGCAGCUUUAAAGAUCUCCUUUAAUACUGCAAAAGUUUGGAGACACAAGAUGCAAAGAAAUGUUUUUUUAAAGGUUGCUAACAGUGACAAGGAGCACAUCCUGUCUGGCUGUUCUCAUUUAGAAAUGUAAGGAAUCUCAACCAAUAAUCAGUUGAAUUUCAGCUUCUCUGUACCUCCAGCAGCUUUUCGCACCUUGCCCCUCCAUAUCUGACCCAGACAUCAUCGUUUUUGCUCUGCACAGCAUAUUAUUGCAACAAAUAGGUUCCAUUAAGGCCCUGUCUUUCCUUUUCAAACCUCUGAAACCCCCCCGGCACAUGAUGCACUUGGAAGCUAAAUGGCUACAAUAAAUGAGAAUCUGAAUUAGCGAGUCUUUUGGAAUAGAAAAGGGGCCUCAGGUUAUAUUCCCAACCAAUCUUUCACAAUAACUAGCUUUGUGGCUCUUGUUAGUUACAAGUCCUGGAUGAGGUCAGGAAUCUCUUAGUGGAUGUCUGGUAGGUUUCAGGGCUGGUAAACAGGACCCAACUGGCAUCCUGAGAAUGUGGGUUGCCUUGGUCUUUAGAGAGCUCUGCAUGGGUGCAGUCCAGCCUUUUCCGACCCUGCUGGCUCCCAGAUGUUUUGCACCACAGAUGUUUUGAGAGCUGUUGUCCAAAACAUCCAGAGGGCACUGGGGUUGGGGGAGGAUGGUGCAAUGCAACUUCAUAUGCAUCUGCACCAGGACUGCCGAAAGCCGAGGGAACUCCAACUAUAAACGUCCCUUUAACACAUGCAUGCACAUGAAAGCUUAUACCAAGAACAAACUUAGUUGGUCUCUAAGGUGCCACUGGACAAUUUUGUAAUAUAUUCCCUUUAACACAUUACUCCCACAAAGAAGCUUCCCUGAGUAUAAGUGGCUGCAGAGCUUGGGCAUCUGAAGAAGUGAAUUCUCUAUUCAUGGGCCCAUGCAUAAACUGGAACCCUGGGGUCCUGCAUAUGUGGAGGCCUAAACACACAGAAGGUCAAAACAUAUAUGGUUCCAAUAUCCACACAGCCAAGCUUGACGUUUGGGCAUAGGAAGGUGGAGAGAUGUGCAAGGAGUGGGGCAAGGUGCCACUUCCAUGAGGAACCCCUGCCCAGUAAAUUUCUCUUUAUGUUAAGCUUCAGGGCAUGGUGGUUUGUGGCAUUUUUCAGCAGCUGAAAUGCUUGACGAUGAUGGAACACUUCAUAUGAACACUCAAAGGGCUGCACUCGUGGCAGAGUGAGUGCUUUGCAGGCAAAAGGUCCUUGGUUCAGACUUUGGCAUCUCCAGGAAGGACUGGGAGAGAGGCCUCUGCCUGAAACCCUGGAUUAGAUAAUACUCAGCAAAAGGCAGAAUUAACAAUAUGGACUCCAAUACCAUAGCAAUCCAAAGAGGCACAAGACAAGGAUGCCCACUGUCUCUCUUCCUAUUCAUCUUGGCCCUGGAACCCCUAGUAAUCCGACUCUGAGCAUCCCCAGGUAUCAAGGGUGUGGAAAUAAAAGGUAAAACCUAUAAACUAGGGCUCUUCGCAGACAACCUGAUGGUCACUACACCAGACCCCAUAAACACAGUAACCUCUCUAAUCAGAGAACUCAACACAUUUGCAAUAGUGUCAGACCUACAAGUAAACUUUGCAAAUUCUGAGGCUGUCACCAACAUCACAAAGUUAAAACUCUGCCACACCAAAUUCAAAUACUUAGGGGUACAAAGAAACCAGAAACCUCAACAAACUAUAUCUCCACAAUUACAAUCCCCUGUGGUGACAAAUCAACAAAGAUUUGAGGAAAUGGAACAAAACCAACUUCAACCUCUCAGACAAAAUAGCCAUGAUCAAAAUGAGCACCUUCCCACAACUAACCUACCUAUUCCAAACUCUCCAGAUAAAAACCUGGCAAGCCAAAGGCCUACACUGUCUAAAAGACUUCUACAAAAACAACAGACCCAUACCAACACCCAAAUACUUUGGCUAACACACCAUAAACUACAUGCCUUCUUAAACAAUCCAGCAGUAAAAUCAGCAGCCACUAGGCCCUUGACCACCUUCAAAACCUUCUCCUCAGAGCAGAGGGACACAGCAAAAGGAUGGUAUCCACAAUAUACAAAAUACUGCUCCAAAACCCAACAACCCCCCUUGAUGCAAUCAAAUAACAAAUGGGAGCACGGCAUAGGUUACGAAAUUAACCCCACACAAUGGACUACAAUGUGGUCUAAACCUCCCUUUAAGUCCAUCUCAGCGAUGGUACCUAACACCACAGAAACUGGCGCUGAUACGCCCAGGAACUUCACCAAGAUGUUGGAGAGGCUGCACAUCCACAGGCACAUACCUCCACAUGUGGUGGGAAUGUCCCAAAAUCCAACCCUUCUGGGCAGCAGUCCUACAAAAAACUAACAGUUAUUAGAACUCACCCUGGAAUUAGCCCUACUGAACAUCUUCCAAGAUCAUAAUGACCAUUCACAUUAUGCAGAUCUUACAACCCACCUGCUCUCAGCAGCCAGAAGCCUCAUAGCCAGACACUGGAGAGAUCUGUCAGGAGUAAGCAUGGACCAGUGGUAUCAAAUUGUAUGGGAAACAGCCUUAUUAGAAAAACUAACCAAUAAAGUGAAACUGACAUGGGGACAAAUAGAAGAAGACGCCUUCAACCCAGUAUGGCUCCCCUUUAUCACAUACACAGGCCAACAAGACAAUGACAAGAAUCCACCGACAGCAUAGGAAUCAAUCUUUUGACUUACCUGACCCAACAAGCCCCCCCCCCCCCCCACAAAUGCAAACAAACCCCACUGCAGCCAACCACAGACAACCAACCACACCCUGGGACCCUAAUACCUCUCACUAUACCAAGAUAAUGUAAUAAACGAACAGAAAGAGAACCUACCCAGUUGAUGCUGACACAACCCCACCACACACACAUUAUACAAAAGAAUACGAGCCUCACCACCCCACCCCUCCUCUCCCCACUCUUCUUCCCCAACCUUAUACUGUACUCAACACUAAUGUCUCACAACAAAUGUAACUGAUUUAUAAGAAAGACUGUACAAUCUGAAAAAAGAGACAAGGCAUGUACUUUUGUAAACCAAGAAAAUCUUUAAUAAAAAUUAUUUGUUAAAAAAAUAAAUACUGAGUCAGGUGGCCCAAUGGUCUGACUGUAUAAGGCAGAGCCCUGAGUUUCUAUUCCCAACCAAGUUGAAUUCAGCUGGUUGGGGAUUAAACCUGCCCUGGCCUUGGCUCAGUGGUGCUGACUUCUGCUUUGCAAGCAGAUAGUUUCAGGUCCAAUCCCCAAUAUCUCCAGGUUAAUCUCUGAACAGCCACGAGAUGGACCAAGUGUCUGACUUCAAGUGAGGAGUCUUAACUGGGUCCCAGUUAUUCUCAACUGGGUCUCAGCAGCUAUACAGAAGGUUUUGGGGAAAGUUUUUUUUAAUGGUCCCCACUCACUUAUUUGUCUACUUUAUGUAAAUGAUAGAGGGUUGCUUACAUGGUGGAGUUGUGCCCUCUAAAGAAGCUUGAAAGUAAGUAAGUAAGUAAGUAAGUAAGUAAGUAAGUAAAGUUUCUCAAAUGGCAUGGCAGGGAUUAAAAGUUACUUGUAUUUCAUAUUAAAUCAUAGAUGAAAUAAUGGAAACGUAGAGUUGGAAGAGAUCCUGAGGGUCAUCACUAGUGAUGGCUCAGGCACUGGUCAAUAGAUGUCCAUAAUGAUUGUGCUACCUGCACCUUUGCACUUCACCCGCAUUCAUGAUGAAUGUGGAGGCUGGGAUAGGGGAAGGAGCAAAUUUUGUCAGUGGCAAAAUAUCCCCAGCAGGAAAAUCAGAUCUCCUUAUCACAGCCAGGGCCUCAUUUGCAGAAGCUUCACAAUAAAUUAUUAUGUAUGUAUAUCAUGAAAGGGACACGGGUGGUGCUGUGGGUUAAACCACAGAGCCUAGGACUUGCUGAUCAGAAGGUCGGCGGUUCGAAUCCCCGUGACGGGGUGAGCUCCCGUUGCUCGGUCCCUGCUCCUGCCAACCUAGCAGUUCAAAAGCACAUCAUGUGCAAGUAGGUAAAUAUGUACCGCUCUGGCGGGAAAGUAAAUGGCGUUUUCGUGCGCUGCUCUGGUUCGCCAGAAGCGGCUUAGUCUUGCUGGCCACAUGACCCGGAAUCUGUCUGCGGAUAAACGCCAGCUCCCUCGGCCUAUAGAGCGAGAUGAGCGUGCAACCCCAGAGUUGGGCACGACUGGACCUAAUGGUCAGGGGUCCCUUUACCUUAUAUCAUGAAAGAGUGGCAACAUGUUGGCUGCCGCAGACACUGAAGGUGUAAUUGGUUUGUUAAACAGGAUUAUAUACAGCACAAGAAGAGCCUGCUGCUGAAUCCGGCCAAUGGCACAUCUAGUCCAGCAUCCUGUUCUCACAGUGGCCAACCAGAUGCCUCUUGUGGGACCCGAGCAGAAGAGCAACUCUCCCUUCCUGCGGCUUCCUGCUGUUCAGAAGCAAUACUGACUCCAGCUGUGGAGGUGGAACAAAGCCAUCCUGGCUGGCAGGGCUCUUAAUGCAGACCUGCCACAUGCAGCAUUUCCCUAGAUCAUAGGAAGUGUGGGAGGGGGAGGAGAGAGAGGGCACUUAAGGGAUCAUCAUGCCAAGUUAAUUCACUGUGCCUUAAUGCAGCCUGGCUAAGGCUCCAGUCUCCCACAGCCAGGAGUCCACAGGGAAAGCUAAGAAUUGGCAACGGCCAAGUAAUAUAUCCUUCAUAUCCCAACCUGACCACUGAGGGCCUCAGGGGAUGGCUCAGAUGCAGGGCUCGUAACUGCUAGAGACUGCAUUCAGUACCGUGGGCCAAAGCCUGUGGAACUCCCUCCUGCCUGUGAUUAAGGCAGGCAGCCCACUGUUGCAUGACUUUUUUUGGUCCAGCAAGCAUUCUAAGGGAGUGUUGAAUAUUGAAUUUUUAUUGUAUGUUUAGAAGUGCUAAUGGCUGAGAAGUAUAUAAAUGUUUUGAAUAAAUAAAUACAACCUUGGAUGGUGCAAAUAUUUUGACUGUCUUGCUUAGCAACUCACCUUCUUCUGGGCCACCUUGGUCACCAGGCCAAGCCCAAGACAUUUUGCCGCCUGAGACAAAACAGAAAAUGGCACCCCCCUCCGGCCACAGUGCAAAGAUUCUCCGUUCCCUUGCACGGGAAAGGAAGCGCCUGCACCAGAUUCCCCGGGUGGGCCCUAUCUCAUCCCAAUUAGAUCACAGCAAGAGACUCUCUUGUGAGGAAACGGCAAGUGCUGAUCUCCGACUCUGUUCCUCUGGGAGCCAGUGCCCCAAUAUUCUAGUGCAGGAGGAAUAAACAGUGAUAAUUGUUUUAAUUACUGCUGUGAUCCAGCCGUUUGGAAGGGAACCGGGACAGCCCCAGAGAGAAUGCUGUUAUUAUGCUGUCAUUUUCCAGCUGCCUUCCUCCACCGGGGUAGUAAUUUUAAGGUCGUUGUGUGCAGCAAGGGAUUAUCUAAAAAUGUUAGCGUGCAUGUUCCACGCUGAGCACGACCUGCGGUGUGUAAGCAACCCCUCAAUUUCCUCUGAAGCCAAAGUCACAAUGACAGGUGCGUCUGGACACUUGCCAGCUGCAGUUUUCCUAGCAGAGGGGCUGCUGUGCCAUGGGGUUUGGGGCUCCUUUGUGUCCCCAAACAAAGCAAAAGUCCCAGUGCCUAACAGUAACUGGCGCUGUUACGUAAGACUCAUUCCCCAUUUGUAAUGAAUUAAUGUUUCAGUGUGGGGGCCCCCACAUUUUGGAGCUUCUUACCCAUUGACACCAGGCAGCCACCUUCACUGUACUCCUUCCAACACCUGCUUAAAACAUUUUUGCUAAAGCAAUCCUAUGCAGCCCAGGGAGAGUCGACACAGGUUUUAAUCUGGUGUUUUGCUUAUCAUUGAUUUUAUUUUUAUUUUUUUCUAAAGGCUUUAAAAUGUUCUUUUCAACUGUUUUUUUAACUGAUGAUUUCAUUGUAUGUUUUUUUGUAAACCGCUUUGAGAUUUAUUUAUUUUUACAGUCAAGCAGUAUGUAAAGCUUAUAGAAUAAGUAAUUUGAAUUAAGGUUUAUCCAUCACCUUUCUUGCACAUACAAAAUCCUCCCAUUUUUUAUUUUUUUUUUAAGAGGACUUCCGGGUCAGCGCCAUCGGUGAAUGGCGGAGUUCCUCCGUCCGGAGGAACGGGCUCCGUGGAAACUGGGUCUUCCCGCCGCGGCGAAGGUGGGGACCCGCUAGAAAUCCCAGGUGGAGGAAGCCUGGGAACGUGGGGUUCGGCAGGGCACCAGGAGCGCCCCCCUACUCGCAGGGAAUCCCAUUUAGGGGCUCCGGAGCGAAGUGGGGUGAGAAGCGCGGUGCUGCAAACUGACUGCUACUUUCACGGAGUGAAGCCGCACAGCCAUUGCCGGAGAGCGCUGACUUUUUCCUGUGGACAAUUGGAUUUAAAAAAAGUACCCGUGAGUAGAAAUGGAAAAUUGGAUCAAGAAAUUUCUUAAUUUGGUAACGAAGCGGGAAGGUUCAAAACAGGAAGUCUGCCUUCCGCUUUUUGUAUAUAGACUAAAGCAAAAACUUUGUAAGCUAAAGCCUGGAAAGCUGUCAAAAAAGUCUAAAUUUUCUUCAUUUAGAAUUACUGAAACCCCCUUGGAAGCAGGAGAAAAGGGGGAAAACUUUGUUCAACCCUAGUAGGAGAGGGAGUGAAGAAGGAUAAGUUUCCACCGUCUAUAACCUGGGAACGGGGUGUCAGAGACAGAAAUUGUUGGAGAGGUUCAUUGACUGUGAAUGGGAUAUUUUGACAGAUAGCUAAAGAAGAGAAACAAGCUGAUUCCAGUGUUGCCUUUUGCAUCCUAAAGAAACAAAAUAUCUGAAAAAUAUCUGAAAAACGAAAGUAAUUUUCCUUUGUUGGACUUGCCUUAAAAAAAAUGGAUACAAAUAGAAAUUGCCUCCUCUAGAGGGAGCUUGUCAAAUUGUUGCUGCAGUACACUUGAGGGCUCAACAGAUGUGAGAUUAAGACCGUGGGAACAGGCUUUUCUGGCCUUGACUAAAGAUGAGUUGGAAAGAAGACUAGGUGCUUGCCUUAUGUAAGACAAGUGCCCUGCUGGAACAGAUGCAUGAGAAGAUGGACUUGAUGAAUGAGAAAAUGGAUUUGACUGUUGCAGUUAAUAACUGUGGGCAAACAGGGAAUAUUGAUACAGAAAUUAUCCAGGGACCAACUCAUGAAUCUGUACUGACUGGGCAAGUGCAGAAGAUAAUGGAGGAGGAUGCGGUUGCACCCCAAAUAAUACAAAUGGAGAGUCCCAAGGCCCUACAGGAGUAUGAGCCGCUGUCAUUGAAGAUUGAAGUUGGAGUGGGCCAGGGGGAGUCUGGAGUUGAGGAGGUUCCCAACAUUGGAGAGACCUUGGAAUAUGCUUUUAAAUACUUUUUGGACUAUAUUGAGGAUUGUGGGGAGUGGGACUGUGGGGAAUGGGCGGGUUUGAUGAAGGGAGAUGGAGACAAUUCUGGCUUGGAACCCCCCAGAGGCCUACCCCUCAAUGAGAAAGGAAAGAAACUAAGAAAGAGACCAACAAAAGACAAGGAAAAGGGCAAGUAUAAACAAGAAGAAGAAGAAUUGCAGAAGGGACAUGGAAGGGACUUAAGGGCCUCGGACAUAAGGCUUCCAGGUUGAUGGACUAGAUGGAAUGGACAGUAAGGACUGACACGAUCCGAGACCAGGAAGAAGGGACGUUGGAUGAAGAUUGGAAGAAAAUUUAUAAAGAAAUUUUUCUAAUUGGGAAUUGGUUAAAAAUUAAUGAAUAUUAGGGAAAAUGUUGGAAUGAAACUAUAUGACUUUAGCAGAAAUGAUAUCAGGAGUAAUGUAUAUUUGAUAACUAAGAUUCAAGCUUUAAGGUGUUUUAGGGUAAGAUAAGGUUAAAUUAAUUAAGGUAAUGUGAAUAAUAGAAUAUGGGGAAAGAUGGAAAGGAUUUGUUGAGUUAAUUCUUAGAUUAAAUUAGGUUAGGAUGAAUCUUUUAACAAAAAUUGAGAAAGAUGGAAAGAAUUUGCUGAAAUAACUAAUUAAACUAGAAUACAAAAAGGGAGGUGUGAGGAAGUCAAUGAAACAAGCAAAUGGAAGUUUUAGAUAUGUAAGUUGGGAUUUGUGUUGUUUUCUUUUUUCUUUUUAUCUUUUUGUUGUAUUGUUGUAUUGGUUUUUGUGUUUUUUCUUUUCUUUUUGUCUAUUAUAGUGUUGUUUUUUAAUUUUUUUUAAUGUUUUUCUUCUUAUAACUCUGAAAACUACUAAUAAAUAUUAUUUUAAAAAAACAAAAUCCUCCCAUUUUAGUUAACGUCAAGAAGCAGGGAAAAAGCAAGAGGUGAAAAAGUAAGUUGCAUUUGGAACUCAGUGCAGCAGAUGGCAUCCCUUGGAUCCCAUUUUAUCAGGCCGGCUGUCUUGCAUAAUCCUGAAACUGGGCCAUUUGUGUGGUGGACCAGCAUUUGCCAUUUGGAACUCCCUCCAGUUAUAGGUCAUUCAGGUGCAGCUUCCAUUGUCUUUUCAGCACCUUUUUCAGCAGGGCUCCUAAGGAGAAAUCCCAGGUGGUAUCUUGAGCAUGGCUUGAACUGUGGAAAAGCGGCAUACAAACAAAAUGAUGUCUGUCUGUCAGUCUAUGUCAUCUGUUCUGACUACGAAGCUGCUUUGAUUGAUGCAACUGUCUUGAUUAUAUAACUGUCUUGUUAUAUUUGCAGUUGCUUUACAUAUGAUGUUAGGUAUUAUGAAAUAGCUUUAGGGCACUUAAUAAAAAGUGAUUUGUAAAUGAAAUUUGCCAUCAGCAUUGCAGAGCACUUCCAGUGGUGGCUCCCCAUUUGUGGGCUGCUUUCGCUAGCAAGGCUUGCUUGUCUCCAUCGCUGCUUUCAGGAGGAAUUUUGAAAUACUCUUCCCCCAGGCCCUUGGUGGCUGAAGAAUAUUGUUCCUAGCAACCUUAAGACAAUAUGAUGGAAUAAUGUUUCAAAUCGCUUUUAGAGGUUUUUAAUUCUAAUUGUUUUUAGAAUGUUUUGUCUGUUUUAGAAUGCUUUUGCAUUCUAGAUAGUUUCUAGAUAGUGUUCUGUUUGCUGCCCUAGGCUCUUUGCAGAAGAAGAGAAGGGUACAGAUAAACAGCAUCAUCAUCCUCCAAUCAUAAUUGCAUUUUUGUGUUUUAGCAGUGCAUCCUUCUUUCUUCCCCAUCUUGUCUGGAUGCAUCCAGGGUUUGUUUCAUGCAUGGAACUUGCCCUUUUCCCUGCUCAGCUGAUGAUUCAAACAUCUAGUGCAGCUCCCGUCAUUGCCAUUAAAAUUGCUUGGAAAUCUUGAGCAAUCAGCUUUUUAAUAGCUCUGUUCUUCUAGCUUAAUGAUGCUUAAUUACCCUUGCUCAUCAAGGACCAUGCAGCUUAAUUAAUAUGUGCAAAUUGCAUUGGUGUUCUUGCCAGCCUCAUUGGUGUAUGCCAGAAGCCAGUCCAGACCUCAAUGAAGUGAGCAUCAGAGCAGAGUUCCAAGCAUUAUCUUUAGCAAUAACAAAUAUUGCAUUGAUUUAUUGAUUUGUACAAUGACUACCCCAGCUUUCAGCAUCACGUGGCCUCAAGGAUGCAACCCAGUAAAUCAUUCAAGUAAACACAAUUUUACACCAGCUGUAGCUUUUUGGCUGGCUAUGAUCAGCUGAAAAAAUAAAGCCCAUCCCAUCCAGCCUUAUUAUAUCAGUGCAUUGUGGGCAAUGACCACAUGACCGACUCAGUCCUUGGUACCAGGUGGUUGCAUCCAGUGCUCAUCUGACUCAAAUCACGAAAUUAAUAGGCAUAGCUUCAUGAGUGCCCAAAUGCAGGUCAUGCUGUACUAAAAAUGUCAAGACAACUUGACUACAACCAAAUGCUUGCGUAAUUCAGGCUACCAUCAUCUUUCAGAAACAAAAGCUUUACAUCAGCAGAUAUUUUUUCCAAAGCUCAGUGGAAAUGAAGACACUUGAGACUCUGCAGUAGCCUUUUUGGAAAGCUGUCUGUCUUCAAAUUGUUUUCUGCAACACGAUGUCCUUGUGGGAAGAGGUUUAGGCCCACCAGGGUAGGUGGGAUGGAACUUAAUUAAAACUUAUUUAAAAAGGCAACUGACAAUGAAUGCUUGAACCUGUUUGACCAGUUAGGAAGUGCUUCUCUGAGUCAGUUUGGAAGGUGGGGAGGGGGCAACCCUGGUGACGUGCUUGGUUUUCUAAUUAAAUUUGCUAUUUUAAAAAUUCUUCCUAAGGGCGGCUCAAAGUGGGAUUUCUCUGAGCAAAUAUUCUUCACCAACACCACAGUCCUAAAUCAGGCCAUGUCACCAACUGCUUUUGAAAGUAAAAAAUAGAUUGCCAUUCUUUGUGGGGGUGUUGAUAUAAAGAUGGAUGGAUCUACGGAAACUUUGCUUUAUCAUUUUUCACAUCUUAAGCUUGGUUCUGCAUUGGCAUGUUUUAACAAAAUAAUUCUGUUGAAAAUUCACCAGCGUUUUAGUGUAUAUUUCUGCUAACAUUCACAAUUCUGCUUGCAAUUUUCCCUGAUAUGAUUAUGUCUUUAUACAUUAUUUCCACUAAUAUCAUCAUAUACUUUCCCCUAAAAUAUGCAUUCAUGUAUGCAUUUUCCUUUCUUCUUCUUCUUUGGCAAUCACUCGUAGCCGAGUAAGAUUGUCUUCUAUAAAGACGGUUUUAACAGUGAGUCUGUAUAUGACUGUGGAGGCCAAUUCUGGAUCCACACGACCUUCCACAGUGGGGACAUUAGUUUCUGGGCAGAUUUGCCAAGCACGCUUUCCUCUUAGCAUGUUUCUCCCUUGCGCCCUGAGUUUGAGUGUCUUCAAAGAUAAGUUCUACCAAAGGUAGUUCAGCUGAAAUGAUCUAAGGCUCUACACCAUGUUCAUUUGUUUUAAUGGGUUUACUUGGACUCCAAUGGAGAGCUUCAUUGCAAAUUUGAAGAAGUGUAAGUUUUGAAGGGACGCGGGUGGCACUGUGGGUUAAACCACAGAGUCUAGGCCUUGCCCAUCAGAAGGUCGGCAGUUCGAAUCCCCGCCACGGGGUGAGCUCCCGUUGCUCAGUCCCUGCUCCUGCCAACUUAGCAGUUCGAAAGCACGUCAAAGUGCAAGUAGAUAAAUAGGUACCGCUCCGGCGGGAAGGUAAAUGGCGUUUCUGUGCGCUGCUCUGGUUUGCCAGAAGUGGCCUAGUCAUGCUGGCCACAUGACCCAGAAGCUGUACGCUGGCUCCCUCAGCCAAUAGAUGAGCGCCGCAACCCCAGAGUCGGUCACAACUGGACCUAAUGGUCAGGGGUCCCUUUACCUUUACCUAAGUUUCGAAACAAAGUCUAUGUUUCAGUUUGCUAAUUGUUUCAGGGAUUUGUAGAUUAUUCGGAAAAUUAUUGUUAACAACUAAGUUCAUUAGCAGGAUUAAUCUAAAACAAGCAGUUAAGGAAAACAUAGAGAAUAACUAAUAAAUGAAACUAAGCGGGAGAUGCAGUAUUGAAAAUUAAAACAUAAGAAACCACAGAAGGGGGGUGGGAUGGAAGUCAAAUUAUAUUUUUUAUUGGGAAAUCUAAUUAAUCUGUAUGAUUGUUUAAAAAAUUCAAAAAUAUUGAAUAAAAUAUUUUUAAAAAUUGUUUCAGGGUGCAUGAAUUAGAGACACUUGUGUCAAAAUGCAAACCAAAACUGAUUUAUCCCACCCAUCCCUGGUCUGAUAAUCAAGAAAUAAGAGCCCAAAUUAUAUGGAGUUAACUACAGAACAUCUUAUUUCAGACCCUUCAAGUGUCCCUAUUUUCCAGGGACAUCCCUGAUUUAAAGAAGUUGUCCCAGUUUCUGAUUUGAUCCCAGAAUGUCCCCCUUUUCCUUAGGAUGUCCCACUGGAGAAAUGUUGGAAGGCAUAGAGUUAUCCAUCCCCAAGUUGUCUGAAGGCAAUUCUGUAUAGGGAAGGGUUUUUUAAAUGUUUAAUGUUAUAUUAUGUUUUUAUAUAUGUUGGAAGUUUCCCAGAGUGGCUGGGGCAACCCAGUGAGAUGGGUGGGGUAUAAAUAGUAAAAUUAACAUUAGGGAAUGGGACAUCCCUAUUUUCAUCGGAGAAAUGUUGGAGGGUUUGUUAUUUAUGUAUUGAAUUUAUAUCCUGCCCUUCUGAAGGAGCCGAGGAUGGCAAACAAAUUCACGAAAAAAAUAAAAAAGCAAAAUCUUUCUAGAAUGUUUAAAACAUUAAAUUUUAAAAAUUACAAUUAAAAACAUCUAAACUCAGUUGCAAGCAUUCUAGAACAGUUUUUUUUAAAAAAAUGAUUCUAUCCAAUGAUCUUAGGGUAGCCAGGAACAAUAUUCAAAUACUGUUUUCAAGUACAUCUUGAAUAUUAAUAAUGAUGGAGACAGGUAAGCCUUGCUAGGGAGAGCAUUCCACACCCAAGGAGUCACCACUGAGAAGGCCCUUUCAUGGGUCACCACCAACAAGGCCUCAGCGGCCAAUUGCAGAGUUUGAGGUGAUUUGUGUUAGGGAAGGUGCUGUUCUAGGCAUUCCUGCAUCUCAGCCGCAAACAUCUUCUGACCUGAGGUGGUUAUGAAUGUUUCUCUCUGCACAACUGCUCCCUUUCAGAUCUUGACUCUUUGGUCCAGGAAUUAAAGUAUGUUAACUGUGUUAGGUUCAAAAGGAGGAUUCAAAGGACACACAAGCAGAGUCUUCUCUCCCAUUUAAGGAGAACAGGGAAAUAACUUCUGCUUUGUGUAAUAGAGACUUCUGGGGCUGCAGGUUGUGGUUGCAUAAGUGGAACAGGAAUUUCUGGGCUCCAGCUAAGUGCCCUAUAACAAAUUACACAUAAGGUGUUUCUUUAUGUUUAAACAAAAAUGGAUUAAAAUUAUUUCUUUUUUUAAAAAAAGAAUUGGUUGGACCUGUGAGACUCAGAGCCAUAAAGCCCACUAGGUGACUUUGGUCCCGUCCCUGUUUCUUAGCCUAACCUACUUCAUGAAUUGGGAAGGCCUAGAGAACCAUGAACACUGAGCUUGAAGGAAAAGUGGAAAAUAAAUAAAACAAACAAAAGUUCCUUAUUUACUGUACUGAAACAAUAUUGUUAAUCUUCUUGAUCUCUGUGUUGUUUACCUCGCUGGCUUCCCUCCUCCCCUCUUUCCCUUCCAAUAGCAAAAAUCUUCUGGCAAAACAUUGUUCAGCCUAAGCUGCAGCCACCUGAACCUCACAGAGAAGGAAUACUUUGGGCUGGAGUUCUGGAGUUCUGCAGGGCAUACUGUAAGUGAAGGCAUUUUGAAUCAACUUAUAGGGGUGUCACUGAAGGCAGAUUGUAUAUGAGGUGCUCAGUGGUACCACUUCAGGUGCUGGGUUAUGUAUUGCUCUGACUGAAUACCCCUCCACUGAAAUGAAAUGAAAUGUUGGGAAACUAGCAUGUACAGUCACGCAAGGGUUACUGAAAAUUCUGUGCUCUCAACUGCCGAAUUCUGCAACCUCCAUAAACAGUGCAAGAAAAGGAAAUGCAUGUCUCCUUAUUUUGAGUAAUUGAUUCUUGUUAUGGGGAAGUGAAUGCCUCCCUCCCCCAUGCCUCCACAUUGAGAGCCACCCCCACCCUCCACCAAAGGAUUCCAAAGCCAUUCCACAGGGCUGUGAACCAAAUGGCACAUUAUUAAAUUUCAUAAGAGGAUUGACAGAUUUUCAGAACAUGCUGUUUUUGAAGCCGUCAGUUCCGGAAAUUUAAAAAUGAAAACCUAAAGCAGUGAUUCCCGUGCUUUUCGAGGCCAAUGCCCACUUUGUUCCAUAAGCUCAUCCCCAGCGCCCCCUGCUCUAUGCAAAACCUUAUUUAGAAUAGUGGUUUGCACAACCCACUAAGAAAACGAAUAAGACCAUGAAAUUCAAAACAGUAACAAUUAAUUGCACAUUCACUCAAAAUCCAAUCAAAAGCAUUUUGUUUAAUCAAUUCAACAAAAUUGAUGAAUUUGAUCCACUGACGCCAGCCUUUCAAAGGCUGAUUGAUUUCCCUUUACACCUCCAGCCAGCUCCUCAGCUGCCUCUUGCCUCUUAGCACCUCCUAAGUACCGUAAUCCUACAGCUUCCAAGGGUCGCCACUGCAAACCACAGCUAUAAUUAUAUAUGGGGCCAACAUGCUGAGUGGGGAAUACAUUAUCCAACCCCUGAGGCAUCUGAAGGCUGCCCUGUAUAGGGAAGUUUUUAAAUGUUUCAUGUUUUAUUAUGUCUUUAUAUAUGUUGGAAGCGGCCCAGUCAGAGUGGCUGGGGCAACCGAGUUAGAUGGGCAGGGUAUUAGUAAUAAUAAUAAUAAUAAUAAUAAUAAUAAUAAUAAUAAUAGGUGUCCCUGUUUUCAUCAGAGUAAUGUUGGAGGGUGUGAUGUUGUUGUUUUAACAUACAUAAACAAAAGCUUUCUGCUAGCCUUCCUAAAUGUGCUUCUUUUGGAAUCAGCGCCGGAGGUACAAUCGACUUUGCGGAUGGGGGAGUCUCUGCCUGGCCUCUUUGCUUUCUAAGCAGAGCUAUUUAAAGUGUACUCCAUUUGAAAUGGCUCCCCAGCCACACAAAGAAAGAUGCACACAAGCAGCCAAGGCUGUGUUGUUUUUGCUCCCUUUUCUUUCCCACUGGUGAAAAUUCUGUCUCAGCCAAACAGACCCCAGUCUCCAGAAGGGAAAUCCAGGUUUGGAGGCGGAGAGGGAGAAGCAGGGAAUCUAAGUGGCUCAGAGCAUCAGUGGUCCAGCUCUGCAUCAUAAAGACAACAAUGGAGGCCAUUGACUUCUCUUUGCUUCAUUAACUUGCUGGAGUGCAGUGCGGGUAAAAACAGGGCUCUGCAUUUAUAAGGAGCAAAAGCAGUGAGUCUCUGCCUGUCUGCUGAAAGGCUGUUUUUCCUCCUCAGAAGCCAUUCAAGGAGCAUCACUCAAGGAUAUCCAUCAGGAAGCUGAUUAACUGGGCUGCAUUGUUCUUCAGCUGCCAGGGGCUGAUGAGUCUAUGCAUGCAGCAGAAUGAGAUGGUAGAGUCCUGAUGUGGUUGGGCAGACUGUACCACUUCACAAUCAAGUGUAAAGAUGGCUUAACAAAAAAUUUUAAAGCUCUGUUAAAAUAUAGCUGAAACUAGACAACCAGCAUAGCCAGAGGCCCCCCACCUUCCUGAAGCAUUUCUGUUCCAUUUGCAGGGAGGGCACUGUUGUUACAGCUGUGUAAACACCAUACAUUUAAAAGCACACCCACCCAAGAACCCUGGGAACUCUAGUUUGUUACAGGUGCUGGGAAUUGUAGCUCUGUUAGGAGUGAACUGCAGUAUAUGUAGUGAACUUACAAUAUAUGUAGAUGUGUACACAAUAUACAGUUAAAGCACAUUUAAAUCACACAUCCCACCAAGAAUCCAGGGAACUGUAAUUCACUCCUCACGAACCAAGAAUUCCCAGCACCCUUAACAAACUACGGCUCCCAGGAUUCUCUGGCGGAAGCCAUGUGCUUUAAAUGUAUUGUAUGUACACAGCCCUGGAUGGUCAGGAUCAGCCCAAUAUCUUUUAUGCUGCACUUUUGUCUUCCUACAGGCCUGGCUGGAACUUCUGAAGCCUAUAACAAAGCAGAUUAAAAGUAAGUAUUUUUGUUAUCUAUGCAUAUAUUUUAAAAAUACUUUUCUAAAGCAACACUCAAGGGAUGGCAGGGAGAUGGAGCACUGAUCCAGGGCUCUUCUGGCUCACCUUCUCCUCUCCCCAUCAAUGACACCUAGGCCACAUCCACAACAUACAUUUUAAAGCACUAUGAUACCACUUUAAACAGCCAUGUCUUCCUCCACAGAAUCUGGGGAGCUGUACUUUGUUGAGGGUGCAUUAGGAGGCUCCUAUUCCCCUCCCAAAGCUGCAAUUCCCAGAGUUCCCUGUGAAGAGGGAUUGAUUGUUAAACCACUCUGCAGAAUUGCAGCUGUGGGAGGGGAGCAUGAAACAUUACCAAAAUAUAUAAUAUGGAGAAACCCCCUAACUCUCAUGCUGUUGGGUGGUUGGCAAAGCUGGCUCAAGACCCUUGGGCACCUGAGGUGAACCACAAAAUGGUGUCCCCAGCCCCUUUUGCCAAGGAAGAAGGGGUGAGGGAAGAUCUACAUCAGGAACAGGGUGCAGGGGAGAGACAAAGAUUGGCAUUGGGAUUGGCUGCCCAGUAAACCCUGCCGCCUGAGGCAUUUGCCUUAUCUUGCCUCAUGUGUGGGCUGGCCCUGUAUAAAGAUUCACAUCAGGAUCGGCUGCCCCUGAGGCAUUUGCCUCACCCUGGCGGCUGGGCAGCUACACUAGACUUAUUUAAAACAGUGAUGGAUAUGCAGCAGGCAUCUUCCAUGUGUCUCUGGUUGCGCCCAGAUCUGAUAGUCACUUUGUUUCCUGGGCAUGAAAUGCUUCCAUAGGCCAAGACUGGGGAACCUGUGGCCUUCUAGAUGUUGCUGGACCCCAACUCCCAGCUGCCUCUGCAGACAACAUGGGGGUGGUUUCAUUUAUUUACCUGUUGCAUUUAUAUCCCACCUUUUCCUCCAAGGAUCUCACAACAACCCUGUGAGGUAGGUUAGGCUGAGAGAGAGUUGCUGGUCCAAGGUCACCUAGUGAGCUUCAUGGCUGGGUGGGGGGUCUCAGUGCGGGUCUCCCAGGUCACAGUCCAAAAUGCCACCCAUUAUGUCCCACUGGAUGGAGGCCAGAGGUUCCUCAUUUCUGUCUCAGAUCAGGUGUCUCCCAUGCCUGAAUGUAGCAUUUUAGGACCAUGGGGGAAUCAGUGCCGCACAUGGGGAUGAUGGACAGUUAGUCUCCAUCUUGUCUAGAGCGUUCAGAAAAGCUAAUUCUGCAGGCUGUGUGCAAAUGAAGAGAUUUGUAAAUGUUCCCGACAGACCUUUGAAACCAAACUUAUGAAGAUGUUGUGUUUUAAGAUCCUAAGGAGGUUCUUUUCAAAUUUAUGGUGAAAUUUUUCCCAGUGGAUCCGGGCCAUCUGAGAGAAGAGCUGACAAGGUAUGUUUUAUUUUUACACAGCCUCUUGGUUUUGUUUUUGCAUUUGUUUCAUUUAGAAAUAAUUUCAUUUAGGGUUUUUAUGAAUGGGGGUUUCAUUAAAUGCUUAAAUUAAUUCGAAACGUUCCUUUCCCUGAUCUCCUAUGUAACUGGCAAAAGCAGCGUUUGAGGUAUGAAAGCUAGGAGCUAAAUGACACCUUAAACCAGGGUUAGGGCACAACAACAGAAUGUCUAGGCGUACGUUUUUGAUAACAAGAAUAAAAGGUGAAAAUGAAUGAACUGCAGCUAAAAUAUUAUGUUCACUUUUCACAUCUGAAGACAGCAAAAAAAACAAAGCUAUGCUUCCCCUGCCCACCCCCCUAAUAUUCUUAAGAGGGCCUUUUCUCCAGUCUUCAGAGAGUGGCUGGAAGUGGGGAGGCAGAAAAAGGUCCUCCUUUCCUUCCACUCUGCAAUUUUAAUCUGAAAUCUCUUUGGUGCAUUACUGCGUCCAGAGCUCAGAAACUGCUUGCGCGAAUGAAAUGCCUUGUCGCAAAACACACCUAGAACAAUGGGAGUUUUGAACGCUGCGCAAAAGCACUAAAUCAGCCUUUACCAACCUGGCCCCCUUCAUAUGUUUUUGACCGCAACUCAGACCAGCCCCAGCCUGUGUACAGCAAGGCAGGAUGGAGCUGAUGGGACUUGUAAUCCAAAACAUCUGGAGAGCAUUGUCUAAAUAAUACAUAACUGCAUUGUUCAUUUUAUAUCUAUAUAUACCCAUCUAGGUAUUGUUGCAUUUGAGACAACGAAGCUAUGGUGAUGAUAAUAUUUAUUUAUUAUUAAAAUGAUUUAUUAUAUUUACAUCCCACAUUUCCUCCAAGUUGCUCAAGGCUUCAUAACUGGGUGGGGAUCUGAACCCUGGUCUCCAGGGUCUUAGUCCAACACUCUAACCACUAAACCAUAUUGGCUGCUAUCAGUAUAACUACUGUUUUCAGGACACUUAGAACUGCUUGCAUAUAAGCGUGGUUUCUCGUGGAUGGUGCCCAUUGUAUUGCAAUGGCUAUCACAAUUUUAUUGAAAAUGGCUUUUACAUGCAUUUUUGCUCCCCAUGAGCACAAGUGUCCUUAAAGUAUAGAAACUUGGUAAAAGGUGCAGUAAAAAUCAACAGAGGACUUUGAAUGCACCCAAACCCCUACACAGGAAGGGGCCCAUAUCUGUGCUUCACAAUUGCACAACAAGUAGUCAGAAACUGGGACUACGCAUUGGGUUCAGCAUCCUGCAGGAUCCUUAGCUUUCAUUUAAAGAGAAAUCCAAGGUUCUAGCCCAUAAGAUAUUGAAGAUAGGUUUGAAAGAGUGCACAGCAACCAAUGAGACUGCAGAAGCUGGAUGGGAGGGGUAAAGCAGGAUGUGCAGCCAUUUAGAGACAAGGCUUAAGUGGUAUGGAUAACUAACUCCCUUGCCCAUUCUGUCUUCCCAGCAAGAACAGAUAAACAAUUGACAAUAAACAAAUUGAUGCAGAUACACUUGUACUGAAUACUUUGAGAAUCCUCCUUUUAAUCUUGCACAUGAAUCUAAGAAAAAUUAACCAAAUUAGAUCUUCUAUUCCUGAAGGCCUGUAAACUGGUCACCAUGGUUCUACUGAUGACGUGUUGUUCAGGUUGAUAUUGUCGCCUGCCACCCCAAUCUCAGAGCCGUGCAAGAUUCCAGGAGUUCCAGACACUUACCCAGGGUUCAGUUUCCUUUGGAAUGAGAGACUGUGGUGUCUUUAUGAUCUAUGGUUUAUUUACACAUAUAUGCAACCUGAGCCUACCAUAGAGGGGCUCAAAGCAUUAACACUCCAAGAGGGUCUUGCUUCUCCUAUAGCCACACCCUUGGAUUAAAGCGGACAUCAAGCAUGGCUCUGACUCUCUGCCUUCCCAGCCUGCUGCCUUGUCUCCAGCUUUUAGCUCACAUAACACAACUCUACACCCUGGCUUUUGUCUUUCCAGCUCCCAGCGAGCUGAGGGAGGGGCCCCCACCCAUUUGUCGUCUGGCACAGAGCUACAGUGGUACCUCUGGAUGCGAACGGGAUCCGUUCCAGAGCCCCAUUCGCAUCCUGAGCAGAACACAAUCUGCGUCUGCGCGUGCAUAGGUCACGAUUCGCCACUUCUGCGCAUGCGUGUGACAUCAUUUUGAGCAUCUACACAUGCGUGAGCAGCGAAACCCGGAAGUAACCCAUUCCAUUACUUCUGGGUUGCUGGAGAACGCAACCUGAAAAUGCUCAACCUGAAGCGUCUUUAACCCAAGGUAUGACUGUACUUCCUUUGUUACCUAGAUGGACCCAUAGUCUGCCUCGGUGCGUGGUAGAAUCUAAUGAAUACAGAAUGAUGCCUGAUAAAUUGCAGAAUUGUUUUAGUCAAGAUAAACAAGGGUUGAUGCAUGUAUGUAUUUGUGUGUUUUGGCACAUGACCACUAGAAAAGGGUCUUACCCUCACAUUUCCUGUGGGGCAGGGAAAUUUUGAGGAUUGUCUUCCUAUCAGUAACAUCUCUGAAACGGUUUUUAGAUACCUGUUCACUCUCCAAAUCAAGAAGGAUCUGGCCUGUGGAAGACUGCCUUGCAGCGAUAACAGCUCGGCCCUGAUGGUAUCGCACCUUUUGCAGUGUACGUACAGCAUUGGCCUGGACAUCAGUUAGAAGUCUAUACGAGGUUGGCAAAAUGCAAAAGUUUCCACAGGGGUCUUGAACCUGCAAAUGUUGAGUAAGAUGUGAGCCAUUCAGCUUUUCUCAGCCUUGCAUGGCAAGCUGAACAUGUUGAAAUUCCGUUUCGCAGCUCCUGAAACAAUAUGUGGAUGGAAGUGCUGCUGACCUUUGCAAUUUGCGCUUCACUGAAUUUUGUGAGACUGUUCUCCAACCAAAUAAUGUGCCCCAAAGUAUGUAUAGCAGGAGAAAGUGUGCAUAAGGAUGCAUGCAUUAAUGAAAAUAACAAACAGAUAUGCUUGCAAAAAUGUAUAUAUCAGAGUAAAUGUGUAUACCAGGAGGCGUUUGGAUUAAGAGGCAGAUUAAUUUUCAUUAGGACUUAAAAAAAAAAAAAAAAAGCUUUGCAAGCUAAUGCGAAAAUGUAGAGAACUGAACUAAAAUGAGAAACUGAAAUUGACAUCCCGAACCACAAUUUUGCAUUUUGUUCCAGGCCCAGCCACUGUCUUUCUUGGGUCUGGUUGGUUGUUUAGGGUUAAAAAAAAAAAGUUCCAACAAGCCUGUAGACUCUGUGACUGAAGGUCUUCCAAAGAUGCAGUGCUUGCUUUCUUCCAUGUAGUCUGCAUAUCAUCUAAAUUCAUUGCAUAUAUUUUUGCAACUAAAAAGUGCUUCUUGAGAAGCCAGUUUCAUUUUGAAAAGAAAAGCUCAUUGUAGAUUGAUUCUGCAUUAUGCCAUUUUGAAAGCAGAUGUUGGCAAUCCCUGCAAUGCGAGACAUAUUUACACCUGCCCAACGGCAUUGUGGGUGGGCAUAGUCCAAGACUGCAAUUGUCACUUCCUUCUUCAUUCACCUGGGGCAUGUGGAAAGAGGAAAAGGCAUGGGUGUUCAAGUGCACAUCAAGCAACCACAACCACCCAGAUGGAAAGCCGCAUGAUGAGGACGAGCAUGAACGAUUCCAGAUUGAGACAAGCUAUAUUUUUGUGCUAUAAACUAGUUAGUGUGUAUGCAGCCUAAGUUUAUAUGGUUUCACAUUGCAGCGGCCCUGGGAGAUUAUCAUGAAGAAAUGGAUCAAAAGCACCUGGAAACGCACAAAUAUUUACUAAACCAAGAGUGUUUGGUGAACAAGAUCAUGCAUUACCACAAGAAACAUAUGUAAGUCCUUGUUUUUAAACUACUUGUCACUUUCACCUUUGGCAGAACAGAACCUGGAAGCAGCACUACGGCUGCUGUUUUCUGCACUUAAAUUCUGUGUAAGAAAAUGUGGAUACUACAAAUUGUAUAAGUUAGGCAAAUGAAUUCUGCAGCUGCCCUCCCCCUUCAAGCACUACAAACCUUAUUCAACUAUUUUCUUGGUUUCUGAAAUCUCAGCAAACACUAUUUGUGUGCCCCUGUGAGUUUCUAGCUCUACACACGAGAAACAAAACAAAACAGAGAUUCUCAGGGAGUUGUAUGGUGUUUAUAUCCUGUUCUGUGCCUUCUGCAGAAUAUUUGCCAAUCAAGUGUUUUUUUCUAUCAAAGCAGCAGUCUGAGAUGUUCUUUAAUGAUGUUUUGUUUUUACAUUUCAUAAUGUUGAGAUGAUGGUUGUUCUUCCUCACAUUUAGGUCUGACAUUUCCACCGUGAUGUUCAUGGUGGUGUUCAUUUAUCCACACCACCAGCCUGGGUUAAUCUAAGAGAGGGUUACUGACCCAAUGUCUCCAACUAAGCUUCACAGGCCAAGUGGUGAUUUGAACCCAGGCCUGCUGUCCAAAUCUGACAACCACCCCAGACCCUGCGAUCAUCAUCUGAGGCCCUUUUUGGUGUGCUUCCUCCACGAGAGGUCUGGAGGGUGGCACACAAGAAGGGGCCUUUUCUGCAGUGGCUCCCUGUUCGUGGCAUGCUCUCCCCCAGGGAGGCUCGCCUGACGCCUUCAUUAUGUAUCUUUAAGCACAAGGCAAAAACCUUCCUCUUCUCCUAGGCCUUUGGCUAAUUAAACUAUCUGUAGCCUUUUGAACUGUGAUAAUAAUAAUAAUAAUAAUAAUAAUAAUAAUAAUAAUAAUUUAUUAUUUGUACCCCGCCCAUCUGGCUGGGUUUCCCCAGCCACUCUGGGCGGCUUCCAUAGAAACCAAAAAUACACCAAAAAUGUGGUGGGGAGUAUUGUUAUUGUUUGUUAUUAUGAUUAAUAUUUGUGUUUUCUUAUUUUGUAAACCGCCCUGUGAUCCUCAGAUGAAUGGCAGUAUAGAAAUUUAAUCAUCAUCAAUGACUACAACAACUCCUAACAAGGAUACUCAUGGUUAGGAAAAGCACCCCACACAUCUGGACUAUGGGGGAUUUGAAUGUGGAGAUGGGGGAGAAUCCCCUGGAUGAGCCCUUACUUGAUGGUGGUGCUGAAAUACUAAUCUUUUCUUUCUAGAGGCAAAACUCCUGCUGAAUCAGAUGUGCAGCUCUUGGACAUAGUGAGGAAGCUAGAGAUGUAUGGCAUCAGGCCCCAUCCAGCCAGUGACGGUGAAGGGACCCAGAUCAAUUUGGCUGUCACUCACAUGGGAGUCCUGGUUUUGCGGGUAAGGAGAAAAGCUUCUCCUGUCAAUGUUUCAGGAGGUAAAUGCAAAGUUGCUACUGUUAACAGCAUCCACAGCAAAGUGCCUUAGUGCUGCUGAAGCACUGCUUUUCUGCAAUACGUCAAAACAAAUUCAAAACAGAGAUUCCAUGCAUCACUUCAUAUGAUGCUUAAAAAAAUAUAUGCAGUGCCCUUCUGUACGGCCCAAAUCCUUCUAUAAUGAGUAUUCAGUUGCCUGUUCCAUUCAGCCAAGGUUGCUUGUAUCGUUAAUCAAACGCUUCCUGCUUGCAGGUUCAGCUCAUGGUAUUAGCUUCCUGUUGAACAUGGAAGGAGAAAUUAGUGAUGAAUCUUGGGUGGUGCUUCAGCUUCUUGCUGCUCUGGGCUCACCCUGCUGCCAUUGCUGUUUAAAAGAAGAGCCAGCCUCUUUCUUCAGCACCCUUUGAUGUGGGCGUCUCCAAUUCUGUCUCCCCCUGGAAACCAAAAUGCUCCAAUGUCAAAACUUGGCAUUACAUGGUAGCUAGACAUCUCUUGACCAUAUAAUCUUCUGCCAAAAAUAGUCACCUAAUUUUGGGGCAAUUACAUGGUACUAAGACUCCACAGCAUAUUUGCAGAGCAAACACAUAGUUUGGUUGGUGUUUGCUGUGUAAUGUGGGCGCUGAAAGGCCCAGGCAGACACACUUCCAACUGGGGAAGAAGCCACAAAAUGAAAUCACGAUCCACCCAGUGUUAUAUAUCAGCGGAGAUCAGAGUUUUCUCAAGCUCAGGAGACCUAAACCUUCCCAGGUCAAGAAGAAAUAGCAGAGAACAUAAGAUUGCAUGCACACUGGUCUCUGAGCAGUGAGAGACUCCAGGGGUGCCUGUGCUUACCUAGGGUUCAGUUUCCUUUGAAUGAAGGUCAGAGGAGACUGUGGUGUCUUUAGGAUAUGCAUUUUUAUUUACACUUAUAUACAACCUGAGCAUAGGAUGGAAUACAGAUAUUUACCCUUUAGGUUUCCAGGGAAGCCCUAAGUUCACAGCCUUGGGCCCAGCACAGAGUAGACAUGCCUCCUGUCUCCAGCUUCUAGCAUCAGCCCCCAAAUUCACACAUAAGCAGAAACCCUUGGCCAGGUGUUCCUCCUUUAGGAUGAGGUGGCAUGUAGCCAGGUGAGGUGGGGAAGGCCCACCCAUUUGUUUCUAUCACAACAGUGCAAUGCCUUUGGAGAGGGUAAAUAGCAGUACUUAACUGGCCUGCCAAUGCCAGUAGCUUAACAAAGGAAAUGAUUUUGCUGGCUCAAAAGUUUCUUCUACUUAGACAGGCAAGUUUGUCAGAAUUACAUACAAAAAUGCGUUUCUUAGGAGAAAUUUGCAAUAUAGUGCUGAUGAAUUUUCACUUGCAAAAUAAAUGUUCAAAAUCACUUCAUAUGUGCAGUGAAAUGAAUUUAAUUUUAGAAAAAUGAACAAUGGAAAAGAACCAAAAUGGACUGAUCCAUCCAACCCCAUUUUGGAAGAACAGCCCCAAACAGGCUGUUAUUUGGGACUAUUGCUACAAUAUUGCGAAGGAUCCCCCUUUUUUCUCUUUUUGCAUGCUGUUAACCCCAAAUGUUCUUAUUUUUCACUGUCAAACACUGGAGAAUUCUCCCACCACACGAACUGCAGGCUGCAAACAACGACCGUGUUGCAACAUCCAGGCAUUUUAGUCCAAAAUGUUGUGUAACUCACACAGUGUGUCUAUUUUUCUCUGCAGGGCAAUACGAAGAUUAACACCUUCAACUGGUCCAAAAUUCGCAAGUUGAGCUUCAAGCGGAAGCAUUUCCUGAUCAAACUCCAUGCCAACAUUUCGGUAAGGCCUAGGCAACUCUCUUCCCUCACAUAGUUUUGUAGAAACACAAGUUGGCUUAAAGUAUAAAUGUAUUUACCUCUGGUCCUUUCUGUGGUCUGUGUAAUGUGGAGGCUGGCACUGCACUGGAAUAUGUUUCUUCACGUGGGACCAUACUUCUCUUGAGAAGUCAUUAGUGGCACUGCAUUAAUUCCACACAACACUGAAUAGCCAGUGACAUCAAACAUACUGGAAGUUCAGCAUGACCAAGAGACAGAAUUUCCAAAAUACCUUUCAAGCAUUUUCUAUAACCUCACUUAGCCAACUGGCCUGAUUUAUACCACAACAUUUCUAAGGGUUUUCAUAAACCUACUGGAAAGAGAAUCAAAGAAACAAUGGAGUAGACAAAAAGCGGGUUUAUUGAUCCGGUGCAUUUCCUACCCUACUAGUCCUCCUUCUGCAGUGUAAUUCAGAGAACAGUGAUUCAGAAUUCAGAUGUUCUAUCUCUCUUGUCUCUUAAGAAACAGAAAAGAUAGCUAUUUUGCUCCACUUUUUACUGAAUUUCCCUGAAGAAGGAGGACCAGUAGGGUCUGAAAUGCAUCAGAUCAAGAAACCUGUUUUUUUUGGGGGGGGGGGCUUUUGUUGCUUCAUAUACCUAGCCUCUCAUACACCUAGCCACACCUCCUGUAUUUGUGCACAAGAUAAACAGGAGAGAGGAGGUUGGCCCACCCACUGCCAGACAUUGGUCUGCUUCCCCCUCCCACUGCAAUGGCAUCCUCAAACUGCAGUGAUUUACUUCUCCUCCAUAGGGAAAUGAAUGGCAGCCAUUCAAUAAAAUCAAAGGGGGCACCGGGGUUGCAGGCAGGCCAUGAGGAUGGAGCUAAAUCUGUUCCCUGCUUCUCACAACCAUUAAAAAUCAAAGGUGCUCCUAUCUGCACACCUCUUCAUUGCUGAUCAUGCUACAGCAUGACAGGGUGUUGAGUGUUCUGGGGAAAUGGGAUUUUCCACAGAUGCAGCUUCAUAGAUAAAAUAGGCUUCCGCUCUUAACCAGGAGACUUUUGUAUCUAAAACAUCUGGAAGAUUCCACCUAAACAUUAGGAAGAACUUCCUGACAGUAAGAGCUGUUCGACAGUGGAAUUUGCUGCCAAGGAGUGUGGUGGAGUCUCCUUCUUUGGAGGUCUUUAAGCAGAGGCUUGACAACCAUAUGUCAGGAGUGCUCUGAUGGUGUUUCCUGCUUGGCAGGGGGUUGGACUCGAUGGCCCUUGUGGUCUCUUCCAACUCUAUGAUUCUAUGAUCUUAUAGAUACAUUCCCAGAUGCCUCAGUAACCUGCAUCCAGUGUGGCAUUUUGGGAUCCCUCAGAAUCUCACAAAUGUGGGCUCAGAUUCUGCUUCUGAGAGCCAGUGUGGUGUAGUGGUUAAGAGUGGUAGACUUGCAAUCUGGUGAACCGGGUUCGCGUCUCCGCUCCUCCACCUGCAGCUGCUGGGUGACCUUGGGCUAGUCACACUUCUCUGAAGUCUCUCAGCCCCACUCACCUCACAGAGUGUUUGUUGUGGGGGAGGAAGGAAAGGAGAUUGUUAGCCGCUUUGAGACUCCUUAGGGUAGUGAUAAAGCGGGAUAUCAGAUCCAAACUCUUCUUCUUGUUCUUGGCUAAAUUUAUAGUGCUGAUUCUGGUAGGUUGUGGUCAUUGUAUAUGGAAUGGCCUGGCUUCCAUCUUACCCGGCAUAAAGGCAGCACUUUUGGAAGGUCGGGGUGGGGGGGAUUCGGAAUGAGGUGCAAUUGCUCACAUCUUGGUAAAAGUGUUGUGGCUGCCAGAGCAAAGAGGCUACUAUGGCCAGCACAAAAAUUGGUGACGGUGCUCUGUACUGGUGGGUGCCAUCACACAGGAAAACCACUGCAUAAAUGUGUUCGGAGAACUAAUAAUCAGUGAUUCUAGAUUUAGGUAGGUAGCCGUGUUGGUUUGAUGCAGUUGAAAUAAAUAAAAAAAUUAAAAAAUUGUCCAGCAGCACCUUAGAGACCAACUAAGUUUGUUCAGGGUAUAAACUUUCAUGUGCAUACACACCUCUCUAAAGUGCUACUGGACAAUUUUUUAAUUUUUAUUUAUUUAUUUAUUUAAUAAACAGUGGUUAGAUUAUUGGUCUAGUCAGUGCUUUUUUUUAUAUAAAAAAACGUUUAGGGGUACUCUCAUUUUCCUAUUCAUAUUGAAAUACUGCCCCUCCUAAGCGGGGACCCUUUCAAAAAUCACAGGCGGAUGAAGCCUGUGACCAUGGGACUCGGCGGGCACCCUUAGCGCCCCCCCAACCCACAAAGGAACCCACUAACGGGCUCCGAAGUGAAGAGGGGGAAGUGGCGCGGUGCUGUGAGUCAACUGCUAUUUCCGUGAAGCGAAGCCGCACAGCCGUUGCCAGAGAGCGCUGCCUUUUUCCUGGGACAAUUUGGCUUCUAAAAUAAUCACCCGUGAGUACUUAAAUUUCGGACAAUUGGACUUUAAAUAAGGACUUGCGAGCAGAAAGGAAUUGGACUUAAAAAUUUACUUCAAUUUGGCACUGAAACGGGAAGGUCUAAACACGAAGUCAGCCUUCCGUUUCUUUGUAGACAGAAUAAAGCGAAGACAACGUAAACUAGAGCUCAGAAAAUUGCUUCUAAAAGAUUAACUUUCAUCAUUUAAAAUUGUUGAACCCCCCUUCGGAAGCAGGAGAGGAAGGGGGAUCUUUUUCGGACUGUUUAAACCUGCAGAAGUGAGUUUAAAGUAAAGUAACUUUCCACCGUCCUGAUCCUGGAGCGGGGUGUCAGGACUGACGUUUGAAGCUCAUUGACCAGAGACAAACACUUUUGACAGAUAGCUAAAAGAAGAGAAACAUAGUGAUUCCACUGUUCCCUUUCGGAUUUUAAAGGAACAAAUAUUGACAAAAUAUCUUAAAAAGGAAACUUUGUUGCUAGAUUCGUCCUUAAAAGAAAGAACAAAUAGAAGUUUUCCCCCUAGAGGGAGACUGUGAAACUGUAACUAAUUCCAGGGAGUUUGCAGCUGUUACAGAUUACAAUUGUGGGAAUAGACUUGUGACCUUGUAGGACAAUGUAUUCAGAAGCUCUGUUGUGUGCUCUCUGUAAAACAAAUGCCCUACUGGAACAGUUAAAUGAGAAUACGGAUUUGAUGACUAAUGCGGUCAGAAUUUUUGAACAGGCAGUGGGAAACUAUAUGGAGCCCACCCAGGAAUUAAAUCAGGAGUGUGCCCUGACAGAACAGAUGAGAGAAGAGGAUGUUGCUGAAUCUUGGGCGCCAGAGAUGGAGGGAGCUGUGGCCCUGCAGGAACAUGAGCUUUUGGAUUUGACAAAUGAACUUGGAAAAAGCCAGAUUUGGAAAGAUAAGGUUUGGACUGGUUUGGAAAUGGGGGGUUGGAUAGACCCCCCUAUGCAGGGAUGUUUGGACUUUCCAAGUCUGGCAAUGGGCCGUGAGAUGUUUGGGGCUGUGGGGGCACUUAAUCUUGGAGGGAUUCUGAAACAUGUUUUUAAAUACCACAUGGAGUUUAGUCUGGACUUUGGAAAAGGGACUGAUUUGUUGAAAAGGGUCAAAAACAUUACCAAGCUGGAGUUCCCACGAGUGAAAGGAGAAUAUGAAGAAGAGCUGUGGAAGGGACAUGGAAGAGACUUAAGGGCCUCGGAUAUAAGGUUACCAGGUUAAUGCGCUAGAUCAAUGGGAUAAAAAGGACUGUCAAAACCCGGGACCAGGAGGAAGGGACGCUGGAUGAAGAUUGGAUUGUUUUUAUUUAUUUCUUUUUAUUACUAGGAUUGUUUUAUAAAAUUGAUGAAUGUUAGAAAAAUGUUGGAACGAAAUUACUUGGCUCUAGCAAAAAUGUCUAAAGAAUUAGGUAAGAAUAUUAUGGUUAUGAGAAGUUGGUAAAAAUAAGAUUUAAGUUUUAAGUUUUAAGGUUUUCUAUAAGAUAAGAUGAAAAUAGAUUAAGGUAAUGUACUGACAGAAUAUUAUGAAAUAUGGAAAGGAUUUGCUGCGAUAAUUAAUAACUAGGAUACAAAAAAAGGGAGGAGGAGGUCAAAGAAAGAAGGUAAUGAGAGUUGAGGAUUCGAGAAUGACGGAUUUGUUUUUAUCUGUUUGUGGUGUAUUUUUGUUUUUUGAAUCUACAUUGUUUGAUGUGGUUUGUUUUCUCUUUGUUUUCUCUUUUUUCUUUUUCUGCUGUGUUCUUUUCUGUAAUUCUAAAAAAUUUUCAAUAAAUAUCAUUUUAAAAAAAAUAUGAAAUACUGCCCCUCAAUGAGGCCAAACUUAGAUUCAUAAAAUGUUUAGGGUAUGUGUCCCCCUGGAAAAAAAAGCACUGGGUCUAGGACUUGGGAGACCCAGGUUCAAAUCCCUGAUCACUCACUCACUCACUGGGCGACUUUGGGCCAAUUUUUGUAUCUCCACCUAACCUUCCUCACAGAAUUAUUGUGAGGAUUGCAAAGAGGAUGUAGAAGCAGAGAAAUGUGUGCUGCCAUGAAGCGCUUGGAGGAAUGAGGGGGUAUGAUACAAUAGCAAUUUAGGAACAGAGAUGAGGAAUCUCCUGAUGUUGCUAAUUAUUAACUGCAUUGACGGGAGAUGGAGACCCAACAACCUCUGAAGGUGUGAGCUGGUCUUUGACCGUAAUAAAUUAUCUAUCUAUCUAACCUCCGGAGGGUGUUCUUCCCUUCCCCAUUUCAUCAUCUCAACAGGUAGGCUAGGCUGAGAGAAGUUAGGCUAGAAGUUGGAGAGAAGUGAGCUUCAUAACUAAGUGGAGAUUUGAACGCUGGUCUCCCAAGUCUUUGUGUGGCAUACUAACCACUACACUACAUGACACUGUGACACAUUCUCUCUCUCUCUCUUUCUCUCUCUCUCUCUCUCUCUCUCUCUCUCUCUCUCUCCCCCAUCCCUACUCUCUGCUUCAGGCCUUGUGCAAGGAUACACUGGAGUUCACCAUGGCAAGCCGAGACACUUGCAAAGCCUUCUGGAAGACCUGUGUGGAAUACCAUGCUUUUUUCCGACUCUCUGAAGAGCCAAAGUCAAAACCCAAAGCCUUUUUGUGCAGCAAGGGCUCCAGUUUCCGAUACUGGUAAGAUAGGAAGGACAUUCUGACCUACAAUCAUAUUCAGGAACUAAGUCAACUGAAACAAAUGCACAUUUCUCUCCCCCCCCCCCACAGUUUAUCCCACUACCUUGGGGGGGUGUGGAGCCCCCACACACAUUGGGGGUUUGGUACAAGUAAUGUAAAUCACCAUUAUUCAUGUUGCCCAACAGAGGAAUCCAGCGCAACAGUUGUGCUAGUAGAAAACUCAUUGUGUGCUGCAGAUCACACCAUCUAUUGGGCAGUAAAGUUUCCAGCAACCUGUUUAUGCAUGUGCAUGAGCUUGUGCAAUGGCGUUCCGCUGGCUCAAAACAUUUUGCCAGAGGAGCAAGUAAUACCCCUCAUAUAUCCUGUGCUUCUGAAUUUGCUGCUACACCACUGACGUAGUGUAAAAGUGAGCAACAGUAGUCUCGGGGAGAGGAUGCCACAACUGUCUUCAUAUAUUUCCUGUCCUUAAAAUGGCAGCGGAAGGACUCAGCGGCAGCUGCUGGAACAUGGGACAAAAGGAAAACUGAAGAGCCUGCCCUUUGAGAGGUAUGAUCUUUCCACAAUAAGAACUCCCACCUUCUUGCCAGGGUUCUGUUUGAUGCCCUCCCUUCAAGUUAAAAGCCUGGCAGUGAAGUUCUCAAGAGCAGAGUUGCCCCAUAUAUAAUUCCAGUAGGAGUUUACUCAGAGUUGACUAACUUUGUGAAUUUUUCACAGAAGUGAAAAGUAUAUCAAUCUUCUAAAGGCACAAGUGCUUUCAAAGGGAAAGCAAGCAUUUUUAAAAACUCUGGCAGCAGCCACCCUGUGUUGGUACCUGCCUGCUUUUUAUUGAAGGACCACUCCAUUGGUUAAGUGUCACCACCGAUAAGGCCCUCCUCCUCCAUACCGCAGCUAAGUGAACAUCUGUGCAAAGUUACAUGGUCUGCAGAAGCUCUCCAGCUGAUUGUACUGAUCUGGGAAGCCUGCAUGGGAGAAGGUGACCUCUUAUAUAGCCUAGGCCAAAACUGCUCAGUGACUUACCAGUCAAAGCUGGCUCAAAGUGAGCAAAUUCUAACAUCAUCUAACAAGAUGGAUUCAAUACCACCAACUAAAUGAAGUGUUUAAAAUAGAUAACAAAAAAGGUUUUGCAAAGGAAGUCUCAAUAUUGGACAGAGAACUAAUACAAAGUAAGACAAAAAUAAUUUCUAGGAUGUAUGGAAUCUUACUAGAAUGGGAGGUGAAAGACGAAUAAGUUAAGGAAGUAAUGGUGAAAUGGGCAAUAGAUAUAGGUAAACCUAUUCAAUUAGCAGAAAAUUGUGGAAAGAGAAUUGGAGAUUCAUGGCAUGUGAGGCAAUCAAAGAAAAUUUUCUCAAGAUGUUCUACAGAUGGUAUAUGACACCUUACAAACUAUCUAAAAUGUAUAGAACAACAUCAAAAAUUUGUUGGAGGUGCAAACAAGCAGAGGGUACGCUGCUGCGUAUGUGGUGGACUUGUGAUAAAAUUAAGAGUUUUUUGGAUAUGGUUUGUGAAGAGCUGAAGAAAAUAUUCAAACAAACUUUUUAAAAAACACAGAAGCCUUUUUACUGGAAUAUUAGAGCCAGAUAGUGCGAAGGAAAAUAAGAGAAUUUUUCUUUAUGUGACAGCAGCAGCAAGAAUUCUAAUUGCCAAAAAUUGGAAAAAUGAAACAAUCCCAACAAAAAAAAAAUGGCAAGAUAAGCUAUUUGAUCAUUUAGAAUUGGCUAAACUGACAGAGGCAAUUAGAGACCAAUGCAAACAAAAAAAUCAAAAGGAAUGGGGGAAAUAUAGUGAAUAUCUGAAAAAGCAGUGCCCUCAAAAUAAUACUUUGGCUUGUCUGGACUAAUUUUCGCAAAUAAGAUAUGGUGUAAAAAUAUAAGCUAUAGACGAAAACUAGAGAAGAGGAAUUGAGAAAGAAACAGUUUAUGAAGUAUACAACUGGACUUGCGUUGAGGUUGAAGGAAGUCAAAUAGAAAUGAAUAAAAAUUGAAAUAGGGGCGUAUGUGUAUCAUUUGUCCUAUAUGUGUAGUUAUAUCUUUUUGUUUGUUUUUCUUGUGAGUGAUGUCUGUAUUGGUGUUGGUAUAAUAAGUUAAUAAAAGUUUUUUUAAAGGGAGCCAAUUCUAAAUUUGCCUACAUCGAGCCUUUGAUUGGGUGUGCUAAACCCUUUAAAAAAUUACCUUAAUAUAUUAGCAAUGCUUGGGGAAAUAAGUUGCAGGAUGCUUAAAUUUCUCUCUCUCUGUGUGUGUGAUUUCACUGAGAUUUUUAAAAACUUGGGGAGACAUAUACAGAAUGUCAGAAGGAAGGGAAAAUAAAUAUUAGGACUGCUUGAACACUGCAUAAUAUAAGGAAGGCUCAUCCAGCCCAGCAACCUGAUCUUCCCAGGUGCCUGUGGGAAACCUGCAAGCAGGACCAAAACGCUCCCCCCUCCUGCAACUUCUUGCCCUCCGGAUUCAGAAGCGCUGCUGCCUCUACCUGUGGCAUCAGAGCACAGCCAUCCUGGCUAGAGGCCCCCAAUAGGCUUCUCCUCCAGGAUGUCCAGUCCUCUUUUAAAACCAUCCAAGUUGCGUGUCAAGAAAUGCUUUAUUUUGUCUGUCUUGAAUCUCCAGCUUCCUGGGAUAUCCCACAGGUUCUAGUGAUAUAAGGGAAAAACUUUUCUCUGCCCGCUCCAUACCACAAAUAAUUUUAUAAAUUUCUAACAUCACGUUUCCUCUAAAAAUUCCCAAACAGUGCAAAUGUUCUUCACAGGAGAGUCACUCUCCUUGAGCAUUUUGGUUGGAUGCUUUUAUUUCCUUGCCAUCAGAUUUGAAUUAUAUUGGACAUUAACCAUUGUCCUUUAAUUUCAACUGCAGGAAACACCAUCCCUCUCGGUACCAUGAGAGACAGUGCCGGUCCUCACCAGACCUACUUACAGAUGUUUCCAAACAAGUAAGUCAUUUGGUCAGUGGGUAGGGGGGUGCAGAAGUAUGAGAAAAAGAAAGAAAAAGACUGGAUCUCAUCUAUUUAGAUUCAGGGUGUAUGCUACUUUGGGGUGCAGGGGGGAACAUACUUCCCCCUCCCAUAUAACAGGCAGCAGGGCUCCUGCUGCUUCAGUUAGGCCUCCACUCUUUAGUUGAUUAAUCCAUUAGAUCAAUCAAUGGAAAUAUUUCAAUGAAUCAGAUGAUCUUUAAAAAAACAAAAAUGUGUAAUAUAUAAAAGGCAGAUUUUAAGUGGCAUAUUAAAAGAUGUACACAAGAGUUGCAAUUGGCCAGAAGAAAACGGGUUAAUUUAAAAACAAAAGUUUCCUAUGAUCCCAAAGUAUACUCUCACAACAGAGGCAUCCAGCCUGCUAGGCCUCUCCAGGAUUCUGAUUUUGCCUCCUCCUUCUUCCCUCUAACAGUGAACAUAGUUGGGUGUUUGAUGGCCAGUUUGGAAGUGAAACAAGGCUACCAGAAAACAAAGUGUUAUUUCUACGUGUUUGGGGGACUCCUUAGCUAUGCAGAUGUGCAUUAAAAGAAAACAAAAACUUUUUUCGAGAGGAAACCACCUUGCCUGACAAGCAUCUUGUGAACAUCCAGUUUGUACAGAGUGUUGUCAGCAGACAGGGAAGAGAAGGAAACCAGGGGGAAAGGGAAUUGGCCUCAGGCCAAAAGAACUUAGGGAGACUGCUAUAUGGGUACACAAAGUGUGGGCUUCGUACACCAUUCUGUGACUGCACUGCCAAAGAAAGACCAUGUCAGCUGGUCCAUUGGGGUGAAGGGAGAACUCCCCACCAACCCUAAGCUGCCUGCAUUUUCAAAAACUUAAGUUCAGUCCAAGGUAAGGCACUGACUGACAGCUUCCUCCUCCUUAGUCUCAAUGUUGCCCCUGCAAAACUCAGCAGGGUGCAGGAAGAGGGGGAUAAGAUGCAAAUUAGUUGGUUCCCCCUAUCAUUGGCUCUAGCUCCACCUACCGCUUAGGAUCCUUGCAUUCUGCCCCACCAGCUCCAGGGCACCACUGCCGUCUCUUACGCUUUGCUUGUGAUGAAGAGGAGGGUGUUUGCUAAAACAACACUGUUCCUUAGGUGAAAUUAUGUUCUUCUCUCUCCAGAUGGAGGACUUGCGGCUGGUCUACGGCACCAUAGGAGGCUACCACAGUGCCAAUGGAGUCCACACUUCCGAGCCCAUGCUGGACAGCAGGCGGAGGAACUCUGCAGUGGAAGUGAUCUUUGCUGAUGAAUUGGAGCGGUCCAAGCCAGAAGCUGACCCAACGCUGUUGCCCCAUUCCCAAAGCAGCUCCACCUUCCCGUUGGUCUACACAGAGCUGGAACACGAUUGGGAGGCAGCCGACAUCUAUGAACAACGGGUCCCGCUGACAUCCUUCCAGCCCAGCUACAAGCUGGCUGGGAACAGUAAAAGCACCUCGGUGGGCAACAUGAGGGAGAUGACCCCUAGGCAACAGCUGACUUAUACCGACAUUCCCUACAGGGGCCCCAUUCACCAGCAACUGUACAUGGCUUCUCCUCAAGUCUUCUUUUGUGUGGACAGGCCUCCCCAGAUGUCCAGGCACACAGCAGUGGCAGGCCCUGCUGAGGAAACAGCCAGUGGGGUGAACAUGCUUGGUGCAUCACCCAUGAAGCCUUCCAGGAGAAGCCCAGGCAUGGCAAGAACAAGGGUGACUGAACCAGAGGUCCUGCCCAGAAUGACCUACCUUAGCAGCAUUAGCAUGGAGCAAGAUGAUGACGGAAGUGUCUUUGACUACAGCAUUCAAGACCAGACUCCCAAGAGGUCUUGGAGCCAGUCUGACAUGAAAAUGAUCAGAUUUCCCUAUGGCUCAGAGUUCCGGCCUCUAGGACCUUGUCCUGUCUUGAGCAGCAGGAAGGAUGAUAUUUUGCAGUAUGUGCUGGCCCAGCAAAGGUUCCCAGAACCUCCCAGGGCCCAGCGAACCCUGGAGCGCUAUGUGGGCAGUGGGACAGAAUCCAGCGACUCCGAUUCAGACAUGCUGCCAGAUUACUUUUCUCUCUACGGGAGGGUGGUGAAAGCACCCAGGGCACGGGUCCGCCUGUCUUCAGGGAGCCUACAGCUGGAGGGGGAAGAUGAAGAGGUUUGUCUCACUACCGCCAACAUUGAGGACAGGACUUCACAGGGAGCAUCUAAUUAUUUUACGUAA